GGGCGGGGCCAGCAUGUGCACCGACUUCUCUGGAUCUCUAUAAGCAGUCAGGGAACAUCCGCGCACACAAACAUAUUUCUACCCGACAACUUGAGACAAACAAAAUAAAAACAAGCUUAAAAAGUACCAUCUCACAGACAGGUUACCUUCAAUAGACCCGCACCCUGGGAGGAGAGCCACUGCAGAGCGGAGAAGAGACCGAGAAGGAGAGAGGAAGGUACCCGGAGUGCUGCGGGCGCUGGGCGGACAGACAUCCCCGGAUCCCCGGGCAGUGACGCCUGCAGCAGCAGCAGCAUCAGGACCACCGGGAUGGAGGGGGAGAAUUACGGUUAGUGUCCAUCCUACACUCUGGUAUAGACCUCAUAGUUUAGCCUCUGUAGCUGCUCUGUGAAUGUGCUUUUCUUACAUUAACACUGGUGUCUGCAGUGCUCAGGCUCAGUCGUGCCAAGAGUACAGAAAUGACAGACAGUCUAGUGGGCAUAGAUGUUCACAGUCUGACAGAGUGGGACUGCUUAGAUCAUGACAGGAUGACUGACUAUACUGUGAAUCUCAGAGGACCAGUUCACCCUUUCAAAUUGAAUUAAAACCAAGUUCUCAGUUUGGGUUUUCACCAAAAAGCUUUUAAAACAGGUUGACUUUGGAGUAUUCACAACCAUGAUGAUCUUUUUGAUGAAUUAUUGAGCAUUACACUGCAGCUAUGGCAGCAUGGUGGACACUAUCCUCAUAUUUACACGAUGAAUAGAAAUAGAAAAGUUCCUGCUCUUGUGGGAAGAUACAAGCUGAUUUAUUUAUUUAUUUAUACCAUGCUGGCAUCUUCCAUCAUUCCUCCUCAUUGCCAAGAAACGAUCCUUAAUGUCCUGACACCACGCUCCUCAUCAUGAUGACCCCCGUCCCUGAUGAUGUCAGGCCAGGAUGAGCUAACCGACGGCUCGGCUCGAGCAAUGAUAGAGCCUUCAUCUCAAUUAUUUAGCAGUUUAGUUUUUCUGUGAGCUUAAUGCAUCUCAAAAUAGAAGCAGCAGCCGUGGCCUCGUUGCGAGAUUUGAAGUGAUGCUCUGCUGAGAGGAGGGAGGGCUGAAGGAACGCAGAAAUAUUCAUUCUGUGACUCACUCAGAGGAGAAACAAAAAGUUUACGACUGAGAGAAAGCAGUAAAACAGGAUCUAGACUGUUUAUUGCAAUCAAAGAACUAUAAUCAUACAGAUUCUACUUCCUUUGUGUCUUUCGGUGAAAUAAUAAUUUCACAGUCGUGUUGCUAUCUGCAUAAGCGUGAGCAUAUUCACACUUAAACACAUUCACACAUUCCCUGACACCUACUUAGUCAAAUUAGCCGUUUGUGUAGCUCUGAAUAUGUAAGUAUAAGUGAUAUUAUCCAUCCUGUCCAAGAGCUCCACGGCUGUUUAUCAUAUCUGAGACAGAAAGGAAAGGGAUUUUCAAGAUUCUGUUUUAUUUUGUAAGAGCUUUUUCUGCAGUUUUUCCUCCUUAAUUUAUUAUUAAUGCAGAGUAGACACCCGCAACAAAAACAGUUUAACUCCUGUGGACUUGAAGUCUGUCUGAGGAUGAUCUGUAUAUUUUAUAGCUCCGCUUCCACACACUUUAUAGACCUCGUUCUAAAAUUUAUGAUGAGAUUACCAUACUGUGUUUUUACUUGAUGUUGCUUGCUGCUGCCCUAAAACCAGCUAUCCUCGGAUCCUUUGGGUGCUGCUCUGUUUCAACACUCACUUCAAAGGCUCUUAGCUGCAGGUUGUCAAAACGUCUUUGUUUUAUCUUCUGCUCUUUUGCCAUCUACCUGCACCUGUCAGUGCAGCUCAGUUUCCCUUUGCAUAAUAAAACUUGUGCACACAAAGGAAGCUCUGUGCCGGUUUUAUAGGUGUGGUGCUCUAUGAUGGCAGGUUCAUGUGGUUGUUGCUGUGGUUAUGGGUGUCGUGUGUCCUCCUAGUUUCAACCUUACUCUCUAAACUGAGCGAUCAGUAGAGACCUAGUUCCUAAUUCUUGCUUGUGAUAUGAUUUCUCACUAUACUCUGUCACUAUCCAACCAUGCGGCACAGUUUCACUCCUCUCCGGUUCAAAGCAAACCCAGAGAGAAACUGUCAAAGCGUUUGCAGCCAAAUCUCAGCGGACUUGUGCAGACGCACGGUAGAGGGAUAUGAAAGUGAAGUUGACAUCCGUCACCUCGAAGUUGUCAGCUGCAGUUGUUCUUCUAAUAAAGCAUGCAUGAUGCCGGUCUAGAAAUAAACUCUAUAAUUGCUGUAUAAUUGAAUUAAAACUGGAUGUUGGAGUUGGAUUAAAAAAACAUUAUCUCUGUUUCCCAUCAUGUGAAGGAAGCACACAGAGGGAGGAUAUUCAAGCUUUGAUGCUGCUGGAUGGAAAAGUAGGCCAGGAUGAUGCAACUUACUAUUAGGAAAACUUACUUCUUAGUGCUUUGAAUCUAUAUUUAGCCGUUUUUAGCUUUAUUCUCACUCUUCUAUUCAGCAUUCAGUUAGAGUUGCUGCUAGAGGAGCUGCUGAUCCGCUCCCACCCAGUCACUGGUGUUAGUCACUGCAGGUGAAGCUAACAUUAGGCCGCUCUGUAGGAGUUCCACCAACACAGAUCAGGGAGCUCGCCGCAUGAUUUUACAUCCAGGGAAGGAAACUCUCUCCCCACUCGGAAGACUUGUCUGCCUCUGCAUGGUGCUGAAAACAAACAAAAGUGACUGAUUCUCGUCUGAAUCUCUCAGCAGGAUGUCUACUGUGUAAUUGACCGUGAUGUUUCCAAAACGCUCUUAAAACUAGUGUUCAUCUUAUACCUUACUGUAGCUUAAAGGUAGGCAGGAUCUGAGGAAGUGACAGUUUUUGGGAGAAAUCUUGAUUGUAAACUCUACACCUCCCAACCAGUUUUCCCCUCAGCUCCUCCUCUCCAGCAAGCCCCGCCCACAAACAAGACACCCCUGCUCGCUCAUAUCAUUCCAAUUAAAUUCAGAUAUAAUGCAGAUAAAUACUUCAGAUAAUUACAAAUGAGGCCCAGUCAACGUGAAAGAAAAAGCAUUGGUGCUACUGUAGAUGCCAACAGAACAUUUGCAGGACUUCUACAACUAGCAUAAGGUGACAUACUCCAGGACCCGAGGUCAACAGUUAAGUGGCGCUACAACACGCAGCAGAAGAAACACUUCUGUUACAGACACUUGGCUUACUUCGUUAAAGCAGUUUAUCUGUCCAGCAGAAAGGUUACAGGGUCACCAAGAUCCCGAAGCGUUCACUGAUGUUGACUCGGCUUUUUAGCUCUUGUCCGGUCUACCUCCUGAUUAAGCGUCCGUUAUUCCGUUGGAGUCUCCGGUAUUUCCUUUGUUUUCUUGCUUGUGUCGGCAGUCGUGGCCAAAGGAGGAUUCAGACAAUUUCCUGUACUUUCUGGUUGGUUUCUACUGUUGGGUGUUGUAGCAUGCUAACUUUGUUUGGGCUCGUGAACGACACGGGGGAAGCAGCGUCUGCCUCACAACCAAUCAGGUUGGGGGAGGCUGGGAAUGGCUUUUGUUUACAGUCAGAAAGAGCGGGCCGCUCAAAACAUUUAAAAUGUUAACAAAACACAGCAAUAUCAUUAUCUUACCAACUGUCAUCAAUAACUGAAAGCAAUUGACUGAUAUUUAAAGCUUUUUUGUAUAAACACCACAAAAAAAGAUGCUUCUUUAACGAAUUCCUGCCUACCCCACCUUUAAUCACAUGUGGUGUGACUGAAGCUCUCUUGGAUUAAAGGUGUAGUUCUGAGCUGUGUCCACCUGGUGGCAUGCUCCUUUACAGUCUUCAUUUGGCUCCACUGCAAGGAUUGCAUGCCUGGCAGUCUACAGAGAACAUCACAUGUCAUCAGCUUCUCUUCCUGCUAAAUUAAGACGGGUUGGUCAUGUUGCACGUGAGCAUUUGAUCACAAGCGUGUACAUAUUUUUUUUUUGUGGUGCAAACGUGUGUCAAUCAAAAAAGGAAAGGACAGAUGAAGUUUAAAGUUUGAAGUUUGGAUGAGGCUCCAGUGUAACAGUUCUUGCAGAGACCAAGUAUGAGUAUCUUGUGCCCACUUGUUGACUUGUUUAUUCUACAUGUGCUGACGUCACGCUCUUGUUCAGAGAGGUAACUCAAAGUCAAGUGAAGCAGGCGAAUAUGCAAACAUUUAUAAAAAAGGGAGAAGAGAAACACAAGUGCUGAGUUCACUGUGUGCCAAGCCGUGCUGCUGUUCCUCCUGUGACGGGGCUGCUCCUCCGGCUGAUGUGCAGCUGCAGCAUUUUCAAGUGGUCAGGACUGACUUUGCAGUUCAUGCAGGUGUCACUCUGAGUGACUCGGCCCUCUGGCGAUAAACUGAGCAGUGAUGUUUUUUUAUUGGAGCUGAUGCCACAGCCGUGCGAACCGUAAUAGUUUGUGCGGAACUGUAGUCUCUGACUGUGCAGGCUGAGUUGAAUUCAUGACCCUGAAUUAGAGAGCUGUGGUUAAGGACACUUUUCAUGAUUGACGGGCGGAUAACUCAGAGCGUCAGCUGGAGAAGAAUCAGUUUAGGAGUGGAGGUAAACAUUUCUGCUCUGCUCGGCAUGAGGAAGUAAAAAUUCCAAAUUGAUUGUCGCUCAUUAUCUGCACAUCUGUGGUAGAUACAAACCAGUUUUGUGUGUGUGUGUGCAAAACCUCCAUAUCAACUCUGCAGCUCCACACCCCGAAAUAUGAUUUUAGUCAUGGCGAGUAAGCUCAAUGGGUGUGAAAAUAAUCUAAUCAAAACAAAUGGCUUCUAGUGUUUUGGCCAGGAGCAAAUCAUUUCUUCUCCCUGGUUGCCAAGCAACAAUGAAAUCUUGAUUUUAUGUGAGGCUUUUUUGAAGCCAAAAAUGAGGAGUGAUGCGAAAAAGCAACAGAGAGAAAACAAUGAGCUGCUCAAGUGCGGCGUGAAACUCUUAUACUGAACUUCAACUUUCUUCUUAAUUGUGAAUCGAUCAGGAGAACUUGUGACCUUUGCAUUCACUGACUUUUUCCAUUUCGCAUGCAGCGUGUCAGCUCCAAGAAUAUCUGCUUGAAUUAGUAUGGCAAGUAGCAAGUGGGAGAGAAAAUAAGACAGAGAGAGAGAGAGAGAGAGUGAGGGAGAGAGAACGAGCAGAGGAGGAUGGAGGAUGGAGACAUGAGCAAAAAAGGGGAACAGGGAGAAAAAGCAGAAGUGAUAUCAGCAUCCUGGCAAGUUGCGCAUUCAAAAAAAAUCAACAGGGGAGGAAGAGAAAGUAGGUGAGUGUGUGAGAAAGAUUGGCCGGGGGAAGCAGGGAGGAGAUUUUAUCCAACAACCUUAGGGAUUAGGCGGAGCGGCAGAGUGACACAGAGCAAGACUCUGAGUCUCGCUUCGUGGACGGAGCGGUCAGGAGCUCAGAGCGGACUCCCAGCAGCAGGGGAGCCGGGGCCUCCGUUACUUCCUUUUUCCUCCGUCUCAAUCACAACCACAAGGAGGGAGAAGAUCACUCAGACACUAACAGAGACGUACCUUCUUCGCAUACAGACGAGGAUAUAACACAGCGGAGCUAUGGGGACCGUGAGUGAACUCUGUGUAUCCAGUCUUCAGACGUUCAUGUGUCCAGCUGUGAAGACACUUCAACAAGACCCAGGUAAAGUCAAAGUUCUGGUCCUGGGCUCUACUGUGCAAACUUAUGAUUCGAUGGCGUGACUGUGAACGUGUUUUAGCUUUACUGUCUUGUUGCUUUAUUGAAAGUGAAGACAUCCGAACCUGCUGACCUACACUGGACAAAAGGUGACAGCAGGAACUUUUCAAGGGCUCUUUGUGUGUCAAUAGCAGGAACCAGGAUCUAAAUGUAGCUCUGAGGAAGCUGAUUUCACACGGUAGUAAGUUUAGGGGGUGGAGCCUGCAAUGAUGGAUGUUCCCGGUUGGUCAGGUACAUGUCAUAUUUGACAAACCUCAGAUGCAACCUCAUUGUUUUCUUUUUUAUUAAGCUUUAGGACUUCUCGCUUUAAUCCAAGCCUUUCCAGUAUUUGAAUCCACUUUGGUACCUGCUUGUUGCAGCCUCAUAUGGCUCCAUCUUCAUCGUAAGGCCUUCAUUUUCUUCCUACCAUCACAUACUGGAUUUGCAAUGUUGUGUCAUUUAUUGCUUUCAUCUAUUUCGUUUGCCUGAUUUGGAUUAUCUCUCUGGAUCAUAAGAAAACGUGGACAACAUCGGGCAGCAGGAACCAUCUUCGAAGAGAAGUUCCUGUUGCUUUUGGUGGAAAUGUGUCUCAAACAUGUCAUUUCUUCUCCUUUCCUCACCUCUCCUUUUUUAUGAAUCUCUACUUCACUACCCCAAACCUGUUUCAUUUCACUGUUUCAUUCUGCAAACUGUCUCCUUGUGUAGUUUUACUUCUUUUUAUUGUUUUUCUCUCACAACUUGGUGCCCAAAAAUGCAAACUAAGAUGCGACAGAUUUGCUUUAAUUUGGUGCUGUAACAUUAGAAACCAAGGCGAAGUAAUAACCGUUGAAAGUGUCGGUGAAAACUUCUUGAUUUGCUUCAUUUGCGUGUCCCUCAAAUGGCUCCACUUACAGAUGAUAACAGUCGGACAGAAAUAGAGGGGGAUUCCUGUGGCUAAAGACGCUCCCUCAUUAAGCGCAACUUAAACCCCCGUGCACACACAUGAAGGAGAGACAGAGAGAGACAGGGAGGGAGUGAGCUCAUUACUUAGUGAGCAGAUCUAAUCUCUUAGUGCACAAACUAAUUCGAGCCGCCUCUGCUCACAAGGGCUUCACAUCCUCACCCGUACAUCCACGACAUGCGCUGAAGCUCCAGGUGUAAACACGGCAGCAUUCACACACAGCUCAUGUUCCUGCUCCUGCUUGGCUGUGCAUGACAAAUUUGUUUCCUUGUGCUUGUUAGCAGCUUGUAUGUCCUCAGAUAAACAGGGAAGGCAGUGCUGUGUUUAUCAGAGAUCACCUCCUAAACCUGGAUAAACAACUCUCACUGCUUCCCAGCUCUGAUUACAGAUGGAGGAGCAGGCAGAGGACGAGCUGGCUAAGACUUUCCCACCAUCUGUCGUCGUGUUCCCAGAUUUGUGCUCUCACACUGUAGUAACAUGAUCGGAAUCGGGGUGUUUGUUUGGCAUGUUGUCUGGUUGGUUGUUUGGUGUAGCAUGGGUGGCGUUUUAAUGCUCUUUUGACAGACUGUUUUGACAUGACGCAGGCAGCCUCUCUUGGUUGUGGUGAAUCAGCUGACGGGGUGCCAAACGAGGGGGGAAGCUGUGCUGUCUCAGUGGUUUCAAAACACCUGAAUCAGCACGACAAACAUGCCUCAAAAGAGGGGACUUUUGAAGUUCUGUAAAAGGGAAGUGAUCACUUUCGUUCUGGUAUCAAACGCAAGGUGACAGAGGAGUUAGUUGAGCAUGCGAGUGUAUUUAUUUAUUUCAUUUGACCUUUAUUUAGCCAGCUCAGUCCCACUGAGAAUAGAGAUCCCAGAGAGCUGGCCAAGAAUGGCAGAAACACAAAUACACAGUCGAGGUAUACUAAUGAAAGUCCAUAAUAGCAGUCAGCUAAAACAAGUGCAUACAGGGAGUCUGGCUCCCGGACUCUUAAUAUUCAGGCUGACAAGUUUGAAUUAGUCUGUAGUUUAUUGCAAGCAAAAGUGCAGAAAGCCUUUAAGCUUUCUCUCUGAGUUAGUUCAGACUUUGGGAACAGUCUACACGAUGUAGUAAAACCUUCAGUUUUUUAGUCAUAUACAGAAUAUGCUCCUUAAAAGACAAACUGCUAUCAGUGAAAACCCUCAGUAUUUAAAAGUAGACACCAACUCGAUCUCACAACUAUUUUCCCAUUUGUUCCCAUCUCGGAGAAUUUUUUCACCACUCUUGAAGAUUUACAAAACACGAGUUUAGUUUUGGUUUUGUACAAAGUCAAAGACAUGCUGAAGAUUUAAGGAAUCUUGAGCAAUAAAUAACAAUGUCAUCAGCUUAGACAUAAAUAGCAGCAUUCGGGACAUUCUGUUCAAGGCAAUUCAAGUCCUGGUUGACGAUCUGAGAAGCAGUUAAAAUAAAACUGAGCCAUUGAGGCAGAUUUGAAAAAAGCAUCCCACCCCUCACAUCGUCUGCAGUUGCCUGAACAGCAACCAUGUUGACAUUGUGGACACUAAUAAGAGUUAUUUAUGUAACAUGCGCCACGAUAAAAGGCAAACAUUUUUUCAGGCCUAAAUUCUGGCAGAGCUUUCUCCACCGCUCGAAGGAUGACCCAAUGUUUAUUAUAGUUAGAUUCCUCGCUUGGUCACAUUUCUUCUUUUCUCUGCCCUUUCUUCUGUCGGCUUGUGUUUUCCUCCCACUUUUGGUGGUGGGGCAAGCAGAAGUGUUUUAUUUGCGUCUUUUUCCAUCACAGCUCCUGUAGCUGAACUGCUACGCUACUUUUAGCCGCUCAGAGCUCCGAGGAGUGGGAGGAGUCAAGUCGGAACUAUAGGAGGGGUGUGUGUCGAAUACAGCGAGGUGAUUGGAUGGAGUGGCUGAGCAGGAGAUUGACCAAUAGGAGCUGUCCGGGACGGAUGGCUCCCAUUGGUCAAUGAUUUUGCAGCGUUGCACAUGCUCGGGUGAACCAUUCCAUUCUUUUCUCUCCUUACUUUGAGGAGAUCGCACUAUAGGACCUUGAUCGCCAAAUAAAUGAGGUUCAUAAUAAUUACAAAUCUCUCCAAUCGUCAACCAUGCCUUUAAUGUAAAAAGUAGUGGGCCCAGACCUCAUGCUUGUGGUAUCCCUUUGUGGAUUUGUACCCCCUCCAAGGCAGCACCUUUUAAUUUAGCUGGUCGGCCUCUACCAGUGAGAUGGUUGGCGUCCCCCACUCCCCUCUCUGGCUUCUGUGUGUGUUUGUUUCUCUGUUUUUUAAUCCUGAAUCAUAAAAGUGAUUCAUAUGUGACUCAUCUGAGGAGCGCUUGGCCAGCACGUUUUAUUAGCUGUGAAAUCACUGGUCGAAUAUCGCCCAAUGCUGAAAUGGAACCACAAGUGAUAGAUUGUUUUUCCUGGUGGGCUGACCUCAUGCGGUGACGUCUCCAUGUACACAUCUUUCCAGUCACUCUCAUUUACAAAACUUUGCACGUGCAGAGUGUUAUGUCAGUGCCUCUAUCUGGCUUUAAAUGUCACUGUGAGUCUGACUCAACAUGUUGAAUUAAUCCUCACAGACUGGAGCUGGUAGUAGUUCAGCUCAUGAAAGCAACGUUUCUGUGCGGCGAGGCAGGUGCGUUUGCUUCUCGCCUUGGUUUUCAGACAUGAAAACGAUUUGUCUGGACCACUGGGGCAGCCGAGGACACUGUGAUCUCUGUGGUAAAGUACAAACACAGAGGAGCAGAGAGUGUUGGUGGAAAAUUUGCCUUAUCAGCUGAUUGUUGUAAAAGAGGGUACGGUGCAAAAGUGACUGUGGAUGAUAAAGAUAAUGCAACUUCAUAAUCCUCUAACACUGAAAUCAGACUAUAUGAUUGUUUCGUCUGUUAGACUGAGUGACCAGAGAUUUGAGUGACAGACAUGACAGAGGACAUAAUGGUUCCCCACCAGUUAUCACAACCAAUAAGAUGAUGUAGGGAGAAGAGGGGCUGAGCUAGGUGACACCCAGGACUGUUAAUAAUGAUGAAGGUAAACAAUCAAGAAUCAAAAAUUGAUCAAGAUUGAAUUUGUUGUUGAAAGUUUUGUCAUCGUAUGAUCUGGUUUUUGGUAAUCUGAGUUUAUUUUCUCUGUGUUUCUUCUUUUCUCCAUUGUUUCUGUUCCCCUGUAGUCCUGUCUUGUCUUGUGAGUUUCCAGUUUGUGUCCGACCCCAUUUCCUCAUGUUCUCUGUUUUAUUCUCUAUCAGUUUUCAGCGUUUCCUGUUUUAUUUUGUAGUAGUUUAUUCCCUCUGUUUCUAGUCUUGUUUUACUUCCUCAGUUUUCCCUCCUCUGUGAUUGUCUGCACCUGCGUCUCAGUGUCUCACCUGCCUCUCGUUGCUUGUUUCCCUGUGUGUAUACAUCCUCCUUGUCUUCCCUUGUUUCUUUGUUGGUUCAUUAUGAAUGUGUGAAUGCCAGUGUCUCCACUGCCUUCUGUUGGUUUUCGCCCAUGUGGAUUUUUAGUUGGACAUUUCUCAAAGUAAGUUUUUGUUGAUUUUUAUUUCUUUAAUUAUAAAUAAAUCAUUUUUGGUUCUGCACUUUGGUCCUUCCCCUUUUUGUUUCACCCUGAAACGUGGCAUAAGAUAAACUCCGAUAACCAAAACCAAGGGAAAACUAAAUACCAGAACACAUCUUGACAAGUUUGUGUCAGGUAUAGAUAAACAAAGAGCUAACAAGCCUGCAGCUGCAAUUUUUGCAUAAGGUACAUUUGUGCAUCUAUCAUGCAAUCAUGAUACAAUAACCCUUAAUCUCAAACUUCUUUAUUUUGCAGUAUUUAUCUCAUCUUUCUGUGCACUUGUGUUUCUAUAGUGUGCUCAAAUCAAUUGUCCCUGAUGGGAUCAAUAAAGUUGUCUUGAGUCUUUAGUAAGCUGAUCAAAAUGUAAAAAAUCCUUGCUGAAUCAGUGAUAAUAAACCACCUCUCACUGCUGCUCAAACAAGGACACUUGAGGCGUAAAUAGAGAUGUCUUUGACUUAGUUACAAACAUGACACAAAGUCACUCGGUAUUGUCCCGGCGGGGGUUGCUAUAGAAACUGAGUUGAACUUUUACAAGUUUCUGCCAGCAGAGAAAUCUGUGUUCACUGAGGGUCCUUUCAGAACAAUACAGUAUGUUAUUUGCCCUCCAGAGUUUUUUCAAAUGUCUAAUAUUUCUGUAUCUUAAGAAAAUCUGCAAACAGAAACAUGCCUCCCAAAUGUCAAGUACGGAGCUGCUUGAUAACAGGAUGCAGACUCUUGACUUGUGAUCGUGAUUACAAGUCCUAAUAGAUUCUGCGCUUGUAUGAAAGACGAUGCAGGUCAUCUGAGGUGAGACAAACACUUUUUAAGGGCUGAUACACAGUUUGACGUGUCUUGGAUGCUGAAUGAGACAGACAGAGAGCUGCUUCAAGGAGGAGUGUGUGGGGGGAUGUAAUCCACACAGCUCUGUGAGCCAAAUAAGAUCAUUCUGUUGGCAUGGUUUGUUUUUAUCUCGAUAAAAUGAACAGACAUGGAGGUGAACAGGGAAAUCAUGUUUCUGAUUGAAUUCUGCUCUACAGCGGUCGUUCACAACACACUGUUGAGCGUAUUGUUGCUCCUUAAAUGUGUCGACAUGCCGGCCUCAUCGGGCUUUCACGCCUGCAGACACGAUCGCUCCCUGAGCAGCAGGAGGGUUAUUUAGUCAUUCCAUAAGACUGUUUAUUAGUCAGGCUUGUGAAUUAUUAAUUACAAAUGAACAAAUGCUUUGUCAGCCUGGAGGCCACUCAGGCAGCCAUGGUGCAAGUGUGGUGGUUGAACAUGUAGGGCAGAGUGCCGCAAGUCUAGCUUCUGCAUUUCACACAGUCUUGCUAAAAUUUAAGAAGACAGCAGUAUCUUUGCAUGUGUAUUCAAUCUAAGCUACAAAAACAGAAGAUUAGAAAGCAAAGACACGGUGCUCUGAAUAUAAAGUAGGCUUAUUUAUUAAAUUAGAGUCUAUUUUUGAAAACUGCAACGUAUCAGACUCCCUUGUGCUUUUCUCCUUUCACAUUCACUUCUGAAAAGUGACACCAGAGCUAGAAAUAUCCUCCUAUUUCUCAUGAUGGAUGUCAGUAAUUAAUCACACGGGUCCGUCUCCCCCCUCUUUACCCCUAAAUUACACGCUGCCUCGAUCCAAACGUUUCACUGCUCCAAAUCAGCUUGUGCAAUCAGUCAAAGCAGGUAUGGAGCAACAAAACUUCAGCCUCAGAUUGCGCUCAAGAAUGUCAGACACGAGUGAAGUAAUAUAUUGUGAGGUGUUUCCUUGUAUUUCUUAAUAACUUUGUUUUCUUUGAGUCUCAAUUAUAAGUCAUGGGAGCGGACAGAACAGCAAGUCAUUCUGGGAAAUGAGAAACAGGGUGCAGCCAGCUAUUCAAUUAAUGUUCAAACAUGACAGGAAUGCUCAUAAUUAUGUUGUUUUGUCUGUCUAUAAUGAUCCUGUGUGUGUAUGAGCAUGUGUCAAAGCCUUUCUGUAAAAAGAACUGUAGUUACCAUAAACCAGCAGCAGGGGUCGCUCUUGUCUUCUCUUCUUUUAGCCUUAUUUCCUCAUAUAGGUUAAUUUUCUCUCUUAUUUUGGAAGUUUGAAACAAUAGGUUUUAUUUUACACUUGAAAAUGUUCCUGAAUUUUCAUAGUUGAGUAUUAAUAAGUCAGCGUGGUCAUUUAAGUUUUUAUUGUGAAGGUGUUGGUCACUGUCAACUCAUGCUGACAAAGCACAAAGUAGUCACACUGUAAAAAAAAAAAACCCUCAAAUCUUACAAAUAGUUUUGUCUUGUUUCCUGUAAAAAGUCCCUUAUCUGGCUUUAUAUAAACUACAUUUACCGUAAAAGUCCCCAAAAGACAAAAAUAAGGACUGCAUUGCUUAUAAUGAGUUACAAAAAUCUCCUUUGAAAUAAGAAUAAACUGAUUUUAAAUCUGUCAAAAUAAGAGUUAGAUUACUGGAAAUAAAAAAAUUAUAAUCUCAAGAAAUGGAUGAGUAUAUUUUCCUUACUCCAUAGGCAGAUAUUGGUGUGUAAUAUCUCAAGAUAUAAGAUAUUUUCUGGACGUAUCAGGUGAAUGCAGCUUAGUUUGAGAUGAGUAAGACAUUUCUUUUGUUAAAUUUAGACAAAAACCUUUGAUAAGAUUUGAGAUUUUGUAGCUGAAGCACUUCAAAUAGGCCUCACAUUUAAAAAAAACUUAAUAUAAAUAAAUAAAAUAGUCAACUGAAGUUAAAGCACAGUCCCCUUAAUGAGACUUUAUCAUAGUAGAUGUAAAACUGCAAGUCUGAUAAUGAACUUAAGUAAAAGUGUGAAGUACUUAUUGUAGAUUUCUGAGACGGAAAUUCACCAGGGAUGAAUUGCAGCUUUUAAAAACCAUUCAGAAUUGCAUAUCUUUUCACCCGCUGUCUGCUCUGUCUCUAUUAUAUCCACAUAUGUAAAGUGCUUAGUACAGAGGGGAAGUCCUUAUCCUUUUAUUGUGGAGGCGGUUCAUCACAAUUGCUGCAAAAAUUCCACAGCUCACUUCCUGGAGAGGGCAAGCAAAAAGCAGUUUGCUCAGAUUUUUAAAACAACCACAACAAUCUCGGUACAGGAUGUUUGUGUGAGAGUCGAGCUCUAGAGUGAUUUAACCCCUGAUUAUCCAGAAAAUAUCAAUAUCAAAGUAAUAUGAACAGACUUCAUAUACAGAUUGUAAUAUCUUGGCCAUCCAGAGGUGGAAACACUGUAAUGAUCACCCACAAAUUUAAUCCAGAUUAUCCAGGUAUCAGGUAGACGUACGGUGAGGCGUCUUUUUUAUAACUAUGACCCCCGUCUAACGAACAGCUUACCUGAAGACCUGAGGACCGCACCUAAUCUUAAUGAUUUUAAAACCAAACUCAAAACAUACCUUUCUAGUCUUGUUUUUAACUAAAUUUUACAUCAUUAACUUUAAGCGUUUUAGCAUUUAUCCCUUUCUGGUUUUAAUGACAGGAAUGUGUUUUAUUGAGCUAUUUUGGUGCUCUUAUUUUAGUAUCUUUUACUGUUUUUAUUUCAUUUUAUUUCUUAUUUCUUAAAUUUCAUUCUAUGUUACUUUGUUUUUUGAUUUUAACCUAACCCUCAUCUUGAGUUUUAAAAAGACAUUUCCUCAGUGCGCACAAAAUCAAACCCUUUUUAAGUUUAUGCAUUUUCAUUCUGUUUCUGUUGCAUUUAGAUCGUGGGGCGGGAAUGAGGGGUUGGGCUGGGGUAGAUUUGGGUAUUCUUUGUUUCUUUUAUUCCUUUUUCUGUGUAAAACACUUUGUGCUAUAUAAAUAAAGACCGAUUGAUUGAUCAGCAAAUUUUGCGCUGACUACAGUUGUUCAUUCAGGCUCAUUUGCAAAGAAAGAAGAAAUUAAAGACUUAUGUUAAGGAACUUAUCAAGACCAUUUUGACUUGUAAUAUCGUGAAAUAUUUGGAUCUGUCAGGUCAGUGCAGCUGAAAAUAAGUAAUGGGAGAACUUGGCAAGAAAUGGGACAAAUUCACCCGGUGAGGCUGCAGAGUAUAUCAUCCAAUCAGCCGGCUGUCAUGCAGUUGAUGGAAAGCUCGUAGUGCUAUGUGAAAAGUAGCUGAGUGCAGAAUCACAGAAAACACUGAGGUUAAAGGAUCAGACCAAUAUAGAGUUAAUUUUUUUCAUUCUUGGAUUUGACACAUAAAAACUCCCCAUAUUUGACUUUAUUUAUUCUCCUCAACCUUUACUCGGGUUGCGUAGAUUGCUGAGAAUAACCCUGCUGAUAAAAAUCUGGGACCAAAGGUGUUGGAAGCUUAUUGGAGCUUUUCAAGGCCUUCCUGAUGUUAUUGUUUGGUCGUUUUCGUCUGAGUAAAAGCCAAAGCGGAAGUUUCUGUAAAUGCAAAAAGGAGGUUAUAUUGUUGUCUUGCAGGCAGAGGAUAAAUAUAGCACGCACUCUUUCAUGCUGAUUUGCUCUUUAGUCAGUUGGUCUGAUUGUUUGAUCAGCCCUUAGACCGAAGAAGAGGACUAUUGUUUGACUUUGCCCGUUCGGAGCCACUUUUCACACGAGAACCGAGAUCUUUCCUGAUCCUGAGGGUUUGACCUAGAACCUAGCAGUCGUCAAUGUGUGCGAAUGUUUUGUUUUGUGCCUCUGAGUUUUAAUUUUUCACAAAACACUGAAUAUGGGGGGAAAAUGAACGUAAAUCUUGACCCUUUUUAAGGAAUUCCUUCAUGCCAUUGUUGAAAUAAUGAGCUGCAUCUUGUACGCUCCAGAACAAAUCCUUCCUCAUGCUCCAGAAUCCUCUCUGACGCUGUCUCCUUGUUUGCAAAACACUCAAUGAACGUCAUCUCUCACCGGAGGAUCAAUUCUACAUGCCUUAUUGUUCAGAACAGGAAGUUGCAGACAACAGUGUGUUAACACGGACUGUUGGUCUUUUUUAUUCAAAGGUCAAACCGUGUCUGGUUUCACUUGUUCUGGGUUUUUAUCGCAGAUUAACUGCACUUCUCGGGGGGGAAUGAAGAGGCAACAAUGAAUUGAAACUUUGUGUGAGCAGGGUUCACUCUACACUGAGUACAUUGUCAGUUUGGGCAGCACAACAGAUGCAUUCACAGAGGACAGCUUGAGGACGAGGCUCUUAAAUGAAGUGGCUGUGCGCACUAUAGGUCCUGUCAGGGGUUAGGGUAGGUUUGUGUCAAGAUGAUUUUACGUUUUGGGCCUUAGCAAAGGGAGAGAUAUGAAUGCAUUUUGCACAUUUUUUUGCAGUUUAAAUGGAAAAAGUUGAAUUAGUUGUGUUGCAGCAUUGCUUUUUUAUACCUUCUGCACUCAUAAACAAGCAAAGGUUCAUCUCUUUAAUAUCUGAAUGAAAGACGUGUUAAGGUUUUAAAAAUCAGACCUGUUCAAGACAAAAUUAUCUACUAAAUCAGACUCAUACUGUGAUUUCCUGUGUGUGACAAUCCAGCAGGUGUUUGAAGCUGUUCAUUAGGGUUAGAUAUGCCUUUGCCACAGACAGGUGUUGAUGCUAUUUUCUGAGGAACGGUUUACAUUUGUUUUUGCUUGACUUCACUCGCCCACGUCUGCUCUCGGCGGAUGUGGUGAACGAGUUGGAACGAGAGCGCAGCGGUAAGCGCGUAAUCAGCAAAAGUGAACUGCUGUAUCUGUGCGUGUCAAUCACACAGGUCUCCCUGCCCCCACUCGACUCCCUCCCAACAGCAGUUGACUGUGUCUGUGUGUGGGUACGCGUGAUUGUGUGAACGUGAGAAACACACACACACAGAGAGCGCACAGUGCCCAGGGCAACAGGGUGGGAACGCAGGCUGGAGGCGCGUCAUCGGGCCCGUUUGUUGCACCUACGGCCCAAGUCACGUCAAGUUAGCGGAAUUGAGUGAAUCUGACAGGAUGUGGAGAAAAUUCCACUUCAUCAUCAUCAGAUUUAGGGAAAAGAGUAAAAGUAAUUGAAAAAAUCUACAUAUAUUAAGUGUUGCUAAAUUUCACCUUCAUUUCUUAUCUCUUUUUUACUGCAGUGUAUUUUUAAUAUUCGUCUGUACAAGAUGUUCUGUUCUCAAUAACAAAAAAAGUAUUUAAUGCCCACUAAUUUGUCUUUUUAAACUGGAUUUCAUUCUUUUAUUUUUAUUUUUAUUUAUUUUUUUUUAAUUCUAAUGAUAGAGUCCUAAAUUCAAUGAGGGUUAGUGCACUAACAGAAUAUAAUCCUUUAAUUUUUAUUUUAUUUUUAUUUUUGUAUUCUAAUGAUAGAGUCCCAAAUUUAAUGGGGGUUAGUGAACAAACAGAAUAUAAUCCUUUAAUUUUUAUUUAUAUAUAUAUAUAUUUUUUAUUCUAAUGAUAGAGUCCUAAAUUUAAUGAGGGUUAGUGCACAUAUAAAAUAUAAUCCUUUAAUUUAAAAAAAUUAAAUAAAAUUAACCUGCUCCUGAUAAUUUUUAUUCAUUUACUUAAUUCAGAAUUUUCAGGGGUUUAUCUAUGCUCUCUUAAACAUCUUAAAAACUGAAAGAUAAUCAUACAAAAAAUAAAUAAAAAUAAUAAAAUAAGAUACAGUUUUAACAGUUUAUUACAAAAAAAACAAAAAUUCACUCCCCUUUGGGCUUUUGUUUUGAAAGUCCGGACCGGAAAUGCUGCACCAUUGUUCGUCUUGUCUUGACAGUAGCUCACGCAGGAAACGUUGGUUGGUUAAAGUCCUCCUUCUGUUCAAACCACUCCCUUGAGCUGUCGAUACUGCCCAGAGCCACCCCUCACUCACAGAACAAACCAUUCCCAGGAGUGUUUGUUAACUCGACUUCGACAACUUCAAACCGAGAGAAAAGUCUCUCUUUAUUUACCACUUCUGGUCAUUUGUGGGAGUUUUAACCGUCUGAAACAAAUCUCAACUUUUUACUCCUCGGACCUGCCUCAACAGUCAGCAUGGUGUUAAAAUCGGAAGACGGAGUAGGUGAGUGAAACAAUUCAGGGGAGACACUUUUCUCCGUCUCCAAUGCUUGUAAAAUAGAAACACACAGCCGUGUUGUGUUAAAAACAUAUCCAGUAGAAGUUUCUCUAUUCUUUUGGAGCUUUUCGGCAAUUUUCGUGAGUGAAUGUCGGCGAAGUUUAACUCGUGAGUGGUGAACGCUCCACCGUGUGGCCUUGUUUACAGUGUUGACUCUGCCGUUUGUGCCAUCAUUGCUGUAUUUACUGAGACAACUUUGUGCAUUUCUAAACAAAACAGUUUGAAUACUCUUUAUAAACUCAUCCUGGGGAAGAAAUACAUACAAAAAGUUAAGAAUAUAAUGCAAUAAAAGACAUGUAUGGUAUCAGUUUGCUAUUAGAGGUAUCCCACAUGCGUGAACACAUAUCUUAUAUUAUAUUACUUAUAUGAAAUUAUAACACAAAAAUGUCAGAUUGCUUUAAUGAAAACUGAUGUUCCUAAUGUGCAGAUUGACUACUGUGAGUAUUUUUUGAUAUUAAAAUAGCAGGUUUUUCUCACAUCUCUUACUAUAGUUGACAAUUUGCUUGCUUUUGCAGAAUAAAGAUCAUCCUCUGACUUUUACUGCAAACAUCAGCAGCAACAAGUGUGAAAAAGGACAUAGUUGCUGCUCCUCCAGUGUCAGCGAGAAAGGAACAAACUAUUAUUUAUUUAACACAUUUUCCAUAUUACCAAGUAGAAAUCAUUGUACAGACACUCUGUCUGAGUCUGAAUCUGCUUUUAUAUCGCAUAAAACCAUAGUAAAGGAUGGUUUUCAUUCUUUCUGUUGGUGGCGGUACUUUUGUAGUCACCACAGCCUUUAUUGCCACAGUAUUAAACAAGUGUGGGGGCUCUGAAGUGAAAGAAAGCCUUUGUUGACAGACACCAUCAAUCUCCCCGGCUUGGUUAGCCUGGCAGCAUUAAUCAGCACCCCAGACUUGCGUCACCAUUAAUCGUGUUAGAGAACAGUGAGCGUCUGACUGCCUGAUCCUGUUAUAUGCUGCUGCUCUUUUGUUCUGCUGAUGGAGAGAGGAGAACUUCAACACUCUUUGUGGCCCCGGCUCGGUCUGCCUGGCAUACUGCUGCAUUGUUUUUACCAGGGAUGAGAGCCGGGAGAUGGGAAGAGUCGAUCCUCUCUGAGUCCAUUUGUCUCUGCCACUUAGAGGUGGGUGGUCUGGGAAGUUAAAGUAGUUGUCACUAAUGGUUCUCUAAUGAGAGGCGCUGAGAGCUCUAAUGGGCUCUGCCUGGCAUUAUGAUGCCCACUGUUAGAUAACCAUCAUCAUCAUCUCCACAUAAUCAAGUUGAAGCUUUCUUUCUGCAGCUCUUCACUCCACUCAGGUUGGAGUUCAUUCUGCACAGUUGCUGGCAUGAUUCAAUAGGUGUAUUUACUCUGCAGAGACGAUAGGUCUCAUGUUUGGUAGCUCAGCAACACUCAGGCUGCAUAGCUGACAUUUUUUAGGGAGGAAUCACAGGUCAGACAAUGUCUUGAAGUGUCUUAGUGGAUAAAAUGUCUUAAAGUUGAUCAUAUAGAACUUUUUUGUCUUUUUAUUCUCAGAUAAUGGAGCUAUUUGUUCAAUCGUAUCCAUCAUCAUCACAGGAUCUUCUUGUCCUUGUAUGCCUCUAUCAUUUCUCCAUCUGAAAGGAUGUCCAAGAGAGCAUUUUAAUCUUGAAUUUGACCAGCAGAUAUCACCAAAUAAUCUGUACCUUUAAGUACACUCAUAUCAGGUUUAACUUUUAUUAUUUAGCUGCGUUGAGAGUUCUCUAUGUCACAUUUUGCCGUACAAGCUUGAUUUUGAGUUUUAUAACUACUUUACAGGAAAGGUGAAACACCUGUUUGAUUUAUUGAAUAAUGAAAUAGUCAUUGCUGCAGCUGUUGUUAUGAAUCAUGUGUGUUUUCAGCCAUGAUUCACCAGGCUGGGUCUGAUGUUGACAUAGUUGACGGUUGCAGUUUGAUUUGCAUGGGAGCAGUAUUUGCUUUAACAAACUUUUCAUUUGUACUCCUCAGAUACAUCUUAACCUGUCUUAAACUUUGACGCACGAGUGUUGCAAAAGUUUUCCAGAAACUCAGGUUUUGAUAUGGUGAUAAAAUACCUCACAGUCUCUAAAUCAGAAAUUUGCAAAGUCUCACUUAUUGUUGUUUUUUUCAAGCAUUUGAUAGAACAACAGGAUUUCUUUACUUUUAGUUUUGCUUUUCCAUUCCUUCUCUUUAGUUUUCUCCCCGCUCUCUCUCUCUCUCUAAGAACUGAUAUGAGUGAGUUCCGGGUUUGUCAGCAGCAGGUACGGACACGCCUGGAGAUUUUCAUACAAUGCAGGACAGAGCGAUGAUCUGGUCUGUUGACAGAGCUAGGAAAUUCAAGAUGGCACCUUGCAGGUUCUCCUUAGAGGAGGAGUGUGCUUAUUUGGGUUCUAGAUGUAGGUCAGAAUUUGGCUACAGUCUAAUGGAGCUUGUUUAGUUUUCUCAGCUUUAUUUGUGUAUUAUUAGAGAGUAGAGCUGCAUCACAUGAUUCAUGAUAUGCUUAGUCCAGAUCACAGUGCAUGCCAUCGGUGUCGUGAUAGACUUGAUUAAAGUCUUGAAAAAUGAAGGAGGACUAUUUUGGUACCGUUCCCACAGGAUGGGUGGAUGCAGCCACACAGCUUUUCACUCCACCCCUGAACUCCGAGAGCGGCUCACAAACAGGAAGCCGAGUAUUUGACAAUGUGCUCGACGGAAAGUGACAUUUAAAAGUUUGCGUGUGGGCAGAAAUUUCCUCCUGAAAAAAAAAAGACAAAAGCGUGCAGUGAAAAAAAACAAAAAAAAAAACAUGCUGGUUCCUCUUGCAGCUUUCCUGGCAUGUUUCCUCUUGAUCGGCGUAGUAUGUGUGUGUUUGGCUGGCAAAGGAGGAUGUUGAUAGUAGGACAUACCCGAUAAGAAUCGAGGCUAACAGGAUCAGAGCACAAAGACAUGCAUUGCGGGUUUAAAUAGCUCUUCCGCUUUUUAGAGAAACAUGGAGAAGCCUCCGCGCUGGCCUAUGAAAACAAAUACUGCGGAUAAAUGCCGUGAAAAAGGAACGGAGAUUAUUAGAGAAAGCUGAUCUUUGUGUUCGUAAUGAUGGGUUUUAUAUGUGCAGCUGCAGGAUGUUUAUGCUGUAGUGGGGUUUACUGUAUGUUUGCUUUACACCAAAGCUGUGUUUAUGGUGAAAGGCCUCACUAUACAUUCUCCGGCUCCAGUUCCCACCCAGCCACAUCCUCCGGUCCCAGCAUUCCUUCACGGGGAGCAGACUGGGGAUGCUGAUAUUCUCAUAGGGGGGCAACUUUAUCCUUUAUAUCCGGCCCCAGACCAAGGCAGCAUCAUGGAUUGGGUUGCCUCUUGUUAGGAAGAUUAAUCUGCAGGGUCAAAAGAUGAUCAAGAAGAUUAAUCUCUGUCAGUUUUGAAUUCGUUGCUCUUUCUGAUGAAUACCUGACAGCUCUCUCAAACCCUCUAAUAACUCUAAUAAAAAUUACUCCUUGGCUGUUCUGCUGACAACUUAACUUUAUCUCAUAAAUGCGUCCUGUUAUGUCUGCUCACUGUGCAGUCACAAUACCUGAGAUUGAGACUUCGAUUUGCCUGUAGCAAAGUCCACAGACAUACUUGUUCGGUUAAUUUUUGACUCCAAAUUGCCUUAAGGUGUGAAUGCGAGAGUCUUUGGUUGUUGGUUAAUGAUUUUGCCCUUCAAGGCUCCAGGAUGACCCCUGAUUUGCCCCAGCCCCUACAACCCUGGUUACCCUGGUGUUGUCUUAUCCCUAAAAUUUUAAGAUUCCGUCAACCUCUCUUAAAGUGUUAUUUAAUCGACACAUAUCAACUCCAAUUCAAGCAUAACCCACUUGAAUGCGGUUGUCAUGGUUUCCUGAACACAAACAAGGAGAGAAAGUAGCACGACUUAGAUAGAUGGAUGGAUUUUAAUUUACUGCUGGCAUACUGACAUCACAGCAGUCGCCAAAAGUUAUGAACUUGUUUUCUAUUAUUUUGUUGUGUUUGGGACGUUUCUGGACAUCAGACUGUUAGAUGCCCUUUAUGUGAAUAAGAUAGAAAAUGGUUGUGAUAAAAUGCUGUUAAAGUCUGCUGUGAUGUGGCUCUGGCUUCAUAAAUCUGGACAGCUUUCAAUUUUUCUCCUAAAAAAAUCAGAGAAAUCAUCUGCCUGUCUAGAAAUCGGUGACUCUGCCUCAAUGAUUUCUAGAAUAGUUACUUAUGAUUUUGAGGUUACUCUUUUCUUAUUUUUUUACACAGACGGUUGCGUUUCCGUCUUUAAAUCUUCUGUAGUAAAAGAUAUCACUGAAAUGGCGACGUGCCUGCCAAACACGUGGAUCCCACAUUGACUGUCGUCAGAGGAAGAUGCAUAAUGUGGGACUGCAGAGGGCAGACAGCACAGCAGAGGGCUUUAGGUUGACUCAUCAAAGACGCACAGACAUGAGGCAAGCGCUUGUGUGUCGAGUCUCUGCUGCAGACAAACCCGGGGCAAGUUUAUACUCAUACUGUAGAAACAUUCUGCUCGAAGCCGCUGAGAGGAAUGCUGGGAAGCUUAUGCAAUCCUUUGGCAUGCAUCAUUCAGGUGGACUAUUCGAAACGCUCACACACAAAAAAAAUCAGUUGCUGGGGUGGAGGUUGGUGGCGAUAAUGGAAGCAUGACUGGUCGCAUGACUGAUGCGGAGAGAGGAGACCUGUCUGAAAGUGCUGACUCACAACAACAGCUCAGACGAGAGCUGAUGACUUCCUCACUGUGUAUACGUGUUAUCAGCUCACUAUUGAGUCCUGCUGUGUGCCUCUGUCCUUGAUACAUUAUCUCCAGUGUUACAGGAAGAUUUAAUAAUACUCCUGACCUUUGUGUCGCUGUUUAAUGCAAGUUUAACCGAGUGCUCUUGACUUAAGGUCCAUUAAAUAAUAGUUAUUUAUUGGAUUGGACAGUUGAAGAGAGAUGGGAAACACAGGGUUAGGGGGAUCAUAGCAUCAGUGUAUAUAUGAGGUGAAUUCUAGGGCUGGGCGAUAAACCCAAAAUUUACAGAUACCAAAAUUUACAACAAUAACCGACAUCAUUUUGCCCAUAUCGGUAUAUUCAGUGUCAAAAAAAUGAUUAAUAAAAGUUGGUUUUGGAUGUGUGUAGGUAGGCGAUGGUCUCAUGUCCCUUUAAGUCGCUGUCCCACCCCAUCAUGUCCGUAACAAAGAGGGAAAAACAGGUGAAGAGAUGGAGGACGGUUCAAAAGUUGUAGCGGCUGGAGUGAUCGUCCAUUUCUUGUUAUUGAGGUGAACUGCGCAAUAUAUCGUGAUAUUUAUUUGAGGCCAUAUCACCCAGCCCUAGUGAAUCCUUAAAGUUGCAAUAGAAUAAUAAUAGAUUAAUCAAAAAAUAAAGAACAAAUAAUGAUAAUAAUAUUAAUAAAUAAUAAUAAAGUUGAAUUUCCCUUCAGGGAUAAGGUCUUAUUCUUAUUCUUCGUGGAUAAAGUAGCCUUAACAUUAAAUCUGCAAUAACAAUUUUUUUGGGUUAUUGAGUGAUCAUUUGUAGAAAAACAGCCCCAAAUUUUCCCUCUUUUAUGUAAAUAAGUUAAAUUUUAAUGAUUGUGAACAAAAAAAGACACUUAAGCAUGUUGUGUUUUGAUUUUAAGGAACAACAGCUAACAGUCCUGCUGAUUUCUAAUAUUUUUAAGAGUAAAAAUCUAAUUUACUAAGUAGGAAACUAACUGAAAUAUAUUUUUUUCAUAUUUGUAUUUAUUCUGCCUUCCUCAUUACAAUUACAUUACAAUAGAAAAAAGUACACUAUUUGGAUUUCUCAGAUUAUAUUGGGAGUCAUAUGUAAAAAUUACAGUACUUACAGCUCGUCGUUUGUUAGGAGUGAGAAUAAAAGGUUAAGUGUGGGUCUGUCUUUAUUUUGAGUGAAGGAGGCAUGAGCAGCAGUGACCACUGGGUGGAGCCUUCAUGUUAAUGGUUGUGACAGAAAAAUAGAGAGGGAGAGAGAGAGGAGAGCGAAAGGGAGGGUGAGGUAUCGAGUAAGGCUCCUUUUCCUAAAUGGACUGUGUCAGUGUGCUUUGAGCAUGCUGGCAGCUGAUUGCUGUACUGUACAGCUGAGGAAACCCGGCGGUGUCUCUCUCCCUCGGUCGGAGGAGCGCGUGGAGCAUGUGGACGUCCGGCUCAGCUGUGUUGAGACGUAAGAAGUGAUGAAGAGGAGAAACUAGGACUUUUUUUUUUUUUAAUUUCAAGAAGAAGUGAUAAGGUGGAGAAGAAACGGGAGGAAACUAAAAAGUUCAGAGGAUUUCUCAAACAGGUCGGUGCUUCAAUUGUUACUUAAAUUUGUAGUUUCUGAAUCGAUUGUGAUGUUAAGAAGUUUGUUUGUUCGUACUGUCAUCAGUGUCAAAGGUUAAAUCAGUGAAGUUAAACAUAAAUCAGGGAUGAAAACCGUAUACUCUGCUUUGAUUUAAUCUACUGGAGCUCUCCGGUUGAGUACUGAUGCAGCAGACCAGAGACCGGGGUGUGCAGCGCUGUCAGGUGUGUCAACAUCGUAUAUCUAAGCAAUUAAAGUGCAUCCAGAGGCAAAGGCUUUACGUCUGAGUUCUUUAUGCCCUGUGGCUGAAAUGAAGGUUUCAGGAAGCUGGGAUGAAUAAACGUCAAGCCUGGAUACCGGAGCACAGCCAAGGAUGCUUAAGCCAUCAGUCCCCCUGCCUGGGCCUUGUUGAGGAAUGUCCUGAGUGGAGGCCACAUGCAGACACAAAGGGAGAGCUGUGAUCGUCCCACUGCUCUUCCUACUGUCUCUGUGUUCCCCUGCCAUUCACCGUCCCACGCCUCCCCGGCCAAACACAGGGCUCCUUCAGUCUCCCUUCACCUCCUCCUACCCUCAGACCAGGUCCAGUCUGGAUGCUUUGUUGGACUUGUUUUAUAAAUGACUGGUGGUCCCGGAUCAGGAGGUCAGAAGUUCUCUCGGAAGGUGAAGACUGGCAUUCCUUCGCAGCCCCUGCUCUGCUUUUGUUACACGCUGUCUGGUUCAGGACGUACAUGUGUGUGUGUGUGUGUGUGUGUGUGUUUCAAAUAUAUAUGAUGGAGAGUCCCCUGGGGAUUUACCGUAGUAAUGAGAUUCAGUCUCAGAUCAGAGAUUAGUGGAUGAGACGUCCCCGUUUUAAAUCACCUUUUGUUGUUCAAGCAUCAAACAGCAGGAAAGAUCAGACAGCUUAGCGCCACUUUAAUAGACCUUGAUGUACUUCUGCGUGUGUUUUUGCCCAUCCCAGCUUUCCCCCCAAAAAUCGAUUGUUUACGUGCAUGUGUUGUGCGCCGCAUCUAUUAAACCUCAUUAUGAAGUAGACUGCUUCUUGUUACUGCUGCUGCUCUUAUUGGUUUAGGCUACGGGUCGAUUGAUUGUGGCCCUGCAGGGACCUGGAGGUUGCGUUCGAGCAAGUUUAAAGGGACGGGACAAAAGGCCGUACAGCAGAAACAACAGACUUGAGGAGCAGGGGGAGGGGACGAGGAGGAGGACAAGACUGAUGGCUGCAUUUUGAAGAUUAGAUUGGCUCAAAUCAGGAAACAUCGGGGGGUUUCAAAGAAAAUAUGAUCCUGGAGGAUGAUGAAGGGCAAUCAAGGGUAAUGGAGAGUGUGUGAUGACCAAACGGAUGAUGAAGAAGGAGAAGACGUGGACACAGAGCAGAUGAAAGACCUCAUGGAGGGAGCAAUUUCUGCAACUACUGUCAUUCAUUUGCCUUGAUCAGCGUGCGCACUUCAUCAAAAUGUAAUCACGCAGCGGCACAUGGCUGCAGGAAUGGAUGUGUAUCUGUUUGCAUAUUCCCGCAGUCAGCAGAUUGUAGGCAGCUUCACAGUGUAAUUAUAUUCAUUGAUGUCUUCAUCCUCCCCUGACAAGGACCAAGACUCCACCUUUUAUAGAAAAGCCAACAUAGAGCUUAUACUUGAAAAACAUCAGGAUAUACCCUGGAGUGGAUAAAUCCCUCAAUCCAGAUCCGUCUUUUGAAGUCUAUCUUUGUGAGAAUCUCCUGAACCUGUCCAGCUCUUCCCUCACUCAGGGUAGCCUGUAGGAAACUUAUUUAGUUGAUAUGAUAUUUUGAGUCCUCGUGCGCUGGGAAGACCUAACUAAAUUGGGUCACAUCUGCAGGGAGGAGGAGAAGGGGGGGGCACUAAUUUCCUUUUUUUUUCCAAGGAGACUUCGUCAGUGAUCUGGGUGGAAAUGAGACGUCUGCCUCCUCAGCCAGGAUGGCAAUCAGGUUGUGUAUUAGUGGGCUUCACCGCUGCGGGAGAGGGAGCUAUAAUUGGUGUCUCCCUUGAUGUAACCUCCCCGGUGCUCUCCGAUGACCCGGCUCUCUCUAAAAACUAGAAACUAGAUGCUUAAAGAAGCGAAAGAUGACAACAGCCAUGGUUACGGUGAAGUUCAGUGGGAUAAAAUGAAGCGUUUUGAUGAGUUUAAAAACAUAACAGGAUCUCCGUCAGAGUUUCCUGAAGAGGACAGUGAUGCAUCAGUUCAAGAGUACACGCCCCGGCUGUAGUUAAGGAGAAUGAAUUGAGCGUUUUGAGUCAUAAAUUUUGAUUAUAAAAGCACUCUCUCGUAAUGAGGGCAGGGCACAGCUUAGAUUAUACCGUCCUAUUUUGGCAGAAGGGUGCAGAGUCUGCUUUAACAAGAAUAUUAUUAUAAUCUGCUCUCAACCAGCUUGACCCUCGGGCUGUAAAGUCCAAGUCGACUUAUUUGUUGAUACAUGCAGAGUCAACCAAAAUUCUGAUUGGUCGAUUUGAUUUUUUUCCACGUCAGUUUACAGUCGACGCUUAAUUUCAUGAGGAGGAAUGUACCAAGUGCUAAUGUGGGUGUUUUCAGAGCACCCCCGUUUCACAGGUAACAGCCUGUCUCAGAAUCCCCCCCUUGUUUUCAUCAUUUUGGAUUCGCCCAACCCACUGAAGACCAGCUGGAAGCGAUAAUUUUUUUCGUGGUAUGGCGGGGGGAAGGUCCUGUCUCCUUCGCCUCUGAUUGGCUACAAGUGCUGGGCUCUGAUUGGUUAUUCCUUAUGGCUGUGAAACGUCAUUGUCUGUCAUGUUAGGGUAAGGAGAUUCAGAAUUGGAAAAUCCCGCCUCCUUUGCCUCUGAUUGGCUAGAAAAGUUGGAAACAUCAUCACAGGCUAAAUGUACAUCGAACAGAACAUUAUCUCCUAACCCUAACCCGAACCCUAACCCUAACCUGACAGAAGAUGACGUUUCACAGCCACAAGGAAUAACCAAUCUGAGCCCAGCACUUCUAGCCAAUCAGCGGCGAAGGAAGGCAGGACCUUCCCCUACCAUCCCAAGAAAAAAAAUAUCGCCGGCUAAAGACCGGUAGAUUGACGUUUAUCAACUUCUGGUGGUUUGCUGGAUAUAAUAUUUGUGUUUAAUUGCCUUCUUGUACUGAUAUCAGUAUAUUUUCACCCCGCUAAGCCAUGUAGUCCCCCGCCGCAGAAUGGUUUGCCCUCAGAGUCGGAAAAAUCCCCUCACAAUUAGCCGAUUUUUGGUCGCAAACUUCUAGGUUUUAGUCGGCGAAGAAUUUCUACUUGCCUCCUCAUUUUUCACUCCACAUUUUGCUGUUUAACCUCGUGUUCAUGAACACAAUCAGCUGUGUCAUGAACUUAUCUGUGCUACUGAGACUUCUGUCUUGGUCGCCAUGUUUGUUGUGUUGCAUCUGCAGUGACACAUCAUGCACUUGUCUGCUAACUCGGCCCUUCAGCUCAUCUUGCAGUCUCUCUGCUGCUGCCGUGACUGUCACACCCCCUCUGCCUCUUCACCUCCCCAGCUGUUUACUUGCAAACUGCAACCCCUGCUGCAUCAUGUUAAUGUCUCAGGACGUGCUCAGCAGAUCACAUCACAUUGCAUAGCUAUGGGACUGUCACACACGGGCACAUCAAAACUGCAGUAGGUUAAUAUGCCGUGCAGCUGAGCCUUUGCAGAAACUCGGUAAACUAAGCUUCUUGCUGAUAACGUUUCUUGCAGUGAUGUAAUAGAUUCAGUGUGAAUCAGCACGUGUUGAAACAAAAGCAAAUUGUUCAGAGCACAGCAGGGGGACAUGCUGUGUGGGUGUUUCUUCAUGUGCAUGCGAGUGUAUCUGACUGCACCCUCAUCCGCACGCUUCCAUGUCCACGUGCAUGAUUCCCUUAAAUAUCUCGAUAUCUAAGAAGCGUGACUCCCAGAAGGAAUGAAGAUGUGGGCGGCCCCCCUGUUUCUCUUUUAGCUUUUGGAAUCCACGAUAAGAUCGUCCCGGUCAGGUUGAGGGGCCCGCUGCUCCUGAGAGACCCCCUGAUGUCGAAUAUAGUUUCGGAUAUCUAAAGAAAGAUCCACCUUUACCUCUUUGUAAGGGUCUACUACUCCAUCGAAAACUGAAUUAGUCUUUUUUAAGAUGAUUAUCCUCUACUUAAUAAGGGGUAGACACUUUCCAUCACUCUUUCUUUACCUUAUUUGCUCUGUCUGUCUCUCAUAUUUUCCUCUUUCUGAUGACAGCCUCUUUUCUCCGGCCAAACACAGGGGUUUUGUUGAAUGACAGCCAAGCAGCGCUGCCAGACUGUAAGGAGACGAGCAGCUCUCAGCGUUUACUUAAGUGGAUGGUUUUCCCCCAUCAGCUUCUGUGUUCUGGGAAAUGACACCCACUCGGUGCCUAUCUCUGGUACAUAUAUGGGUGGGGUCUUUCCCUUCGCCGACGUGGUUCGGUCGCCUCGGGUGGAGCCGGGGUAGCAGUGGUGUGUAUACCUGAGCUGAGUGACGUCAGUUGAAGUGGCCUCUUUAAAUUGCAGGAUCUGGUUUUCAUCAUGCUGAUGAGUUGAGAUGCUGAUUUCCAAUAAGACUCUCUGUGUCCUUUUCAGAGUGAAAUUUCACUUCUUCACCUCUCUCCCUCUCUCUUGUCUUGUCAGUCUCUCACUUUCUCAGCCAGGAAUGCUGUGGGUUUUUUGUGUCGGGCCCUUGCAGUUCUUGUUUUUGUGGCGUGGCUGUUUCUGGCGUCCUCCUGCUGUCCGAGCUGAUAUCCUAUUUCAAGAGAGAGUAUAAUAAACUUGUCCUCCUUGUUGCCCUGUUUUGCUGUUGACUGAAACCUGCUCUGUGAUUUCUCUGAGGGACAUUUACUCAUCCUUUGGGGGUCAGUCAUAAAUACAAGAGGAACAUCACUUCUCCUGCCCGUCAGCUUUUAGCUGCAUCCUCUUAUGCAUCUCAGUCUGAAUCAAUAACAUACUUUUAUCCUUGAUGGAAACUGUCUUACCUAGAGACGCCCUCAUCCCUAUCUCAACCGUCAAAUUUGAGCCAAUCAAGAAGUUUACCUGGUGAUCAGGAAUCGGAAGUAGGAAGGAGGAUUAGGGCCACAAGGAUAGAAAAAAAGUAGCUACAAGAAGGAGAAUUUUUUAAUUUCCAUUUCGAGAUUAAAGUCGAAAUUAAAAAAAAAGUCGAAAGUUUUACUAUCCACGUUGACUUUAAUCUAGAAUUUUAACCUUUAAUUUCAAGAUUUUAAUUUUUUAAUCUUGAAAUUUUGACAUUAUUCAUGACAAUUUGUAAUCCUGAAACUUCAUCUUUAACGUCAAAAUUUUAAUUUUGAAUCUCGAAAUUUCAACUUUAUUGACAUAAUUUCGAUUUUUUUCUUCAUCUCGCAAUUUCAACUUUAUUCACAUUGACUUGAAUCUUGAAAUUUGGACUUCAUUCAUGUUGACUUUAAUCUCAAAAUUUCGACCUUAAUUACAAGAUUUUAUUAUAUUAAUCUAGGAAUUUCUAUAUUUUUCGUGACAAUUUGUAAUCCCGAAAUUUCAAUGUUAAUGUCGAAAUUUCUAAUUUUAAUCUCGAAAUUUUGACUUUAUUGACAUAAUUUUGAUCUUUUUAAUCUCGAAAUCUAAACUUUAAUCCCCUUCCUUUAAGUAUUCUUUCAUUUCUCUUCAUGUGGCCCUAAUCCUCUUUCAUAGAUUUGCCUCACUGUGAUAAUAACUGACUUAAAAAAUACUAACUGGCUGACCCUGGUUUCCAUGGAUACCCUGAAAUGCUGUAGGCUGUGACAUGAUGUGCGAAAGGUCAACCUGGAGUGGACUGCCCUUGCUCCCCCCUUAGCUGUUAGAAAACACGACAGGAGCACAGCAGGGCUUUGUUUCUGUAUCCCUCUUGUUUUAGGCUCCUAUUGUCUCUGUUGUACAUUAGCAGACAUUCCAGUCAAUGUCAUGGGUAUUGCCUCAAGACGGUUAUACCAACAUAGCCUCUGUUAUUAAGAGAGGUGGAGCAUGUAUUCUCUCUUCCUCUGUCUCUCUCUCUAGGAUGUCAUUUAUUAGGGAUUUGACAUUUUUAUUAUUUCUUCCUAAGCUGGAAAAUUUGCUUCAUGUUUUUUGUUUGUGCUUCUGGAGGCAAAAUAAACUCAUAGUUCUCCGCACGGUUGGCCUCGUCCUUGUUUUAUUGAUCGCUGUUCCAGAUUCUUGUCGAGCAUUUUUGAACCUUCAUUCCUCUGACCUUUUACUGCAGCUACUUCACAGAUUGUCACCUUUUAAACACGCACUGCCCUUCGGGAUUCUUUUGGAAACACGUGAGGACGCAUAUUUUGAAAUGUUAUAGACUUUGUAAUGUGCGUUUUUUUAACAAAUAAUUUACCCGAGUCUCUACAGAGAGGGAGUAGGUGUUGAUGAUGUGUGGGUUUUAAAUGCUGGGCGCCUCAAACUCUUUUUACAUCACAGAUAUUAAGACACAUGAUAUUAGGGCUGAGCGAUAAACCAAAAAUUUACCAAUACAACAAUAACCAACAUCAUUUUGCCCAUGUCAAUAUAUUUGGAUGUGUAGAGGUGGGCUACGGUCUCAUGUCCCUUUAAGACGCUGUCCUACAUCAGAGACUUGACUCCACCCCAUCCAGUCUGACCAAAGAGGGAAAGACAGGUGAGAAGAUGGAGGACGGUUCAAAAGUUGUAGCGGCUGAAAUAGACAAAGUUAAUGUAGGAGGGGGUGAGCAGCUUGUGGAGUAGUUAUCGUUCAUUUAUUGAUUUCGAGGUGAACCGCUCAAUAUAUUGUGAUAUUGAUUUGAGGCCGUAUCGCCCAGCCCUACAUGCUAUGCUAAAUUACCAAGACUGUGCAUUUCUUGGAGUUCAGACCUCCUCUGAUGCAUCUGUUCUUUGCAACAUGGGCAAAAAGGCAACUCUGGACAAUGUCUGGAAUGGCUAACCUAAAUCCUUUCACUUUGAACUUAGCUUAUCCCGGGAUCAUGCAGGACUAAAGGAGAAGCAGUGAUUUUAGCAAGACUGUGGACAGAAGUCACAAGUCAUUACUGUUUAGAAGGAGCGACGUGGAGCGGGUAAUUAACAACCUCAUGCUGAAGAUUCCUCUGUCCUCGGCUUACCCUGCUCCCUAACUAUUACCCUGUUAACCAUUCGCAAACAUCUGCCCAGCCUCGACCUCUUUAACCUUUGAACCCUGCCGCUGAGGUAAUGAGGUAGGGAGGGAGGGCCACUCAGGGAAUAGACGGUCGCACAGGAUGGGAGCAACUGUGACUUCUGCAGCUUAUCGGCUUAUCACACUGUCACUAUCCUGUAAUUGAUACUUGGUUCAAAUGCAGAUGCACAUUUCUAUUAGACAUCAAAUACUGGAACACCCUCCUGAUUCAUCUGUAUCUAGAUUUAAUUGAAGCUUAUGUUUAUUGUCCUCUUUUAAAACAAGUUAAACCUCAGUGAUAGGCUGAUUCUGCCAUGAGGAGAAAUUAAAGGUCCUCUCAGGGUAAAGCUUACGAGGAUGAAACAGGGAUUGUGCUUGGACUGCUGUUAGGAUUAGAGUGCUGAUACCAAAUGUGUCCCGUUUAUUCUGCUUGGCGCGCAGGUAGAGGCUGCACACACACACACACACACAACUCGUCCGUCAAUCAGUCCUGCACACAGACAAAGCUAAUUAUAACAGCCUUUUAGUGAGUGAUAGGAGGACUGAGUGACAGCAGCGCUCUGAGACCUGUCACGUUUCGGCUUCUUUCCGUGUUCAGUGCUGCUUGGCUUGACCUGAACCGUCUCAUUUAGGACCAACAGAUUUCCCUUUAAAUUAGAACCUCUUCAGAGUGCACCUCGCUGGUGUGUGUGGAUGUUUCCUCAGAGUUUGUCCACUCUGCCAGCGAGUGGCCUGUGGAGCGUACACCCCUUCGUUUGCUUUGUGUAUUCAGUGACCCUCUCUGAUAUGAAAGAAAACUUUAUUUCUGGACACAGAGAUGCCUUCAGGGACACGUAUGAACGUCCUGACCCUUCAUCUUCUCUCUCAUCUCUCUGCAGUGCCGGACGACCUCACCCCAGAGGAGCAGCAGGAGCUGGAGAAUAUCCGCCUGCGCAAGCAGGAGCUGCUUGAGGACAUUCAGGUAAUACAGAAAUAGAUUAAAGAGCUGCUGUUGUGUUAAUUACUAAAACAGGUCUGCAGUUCCAACUCUGUCGUGUUAAAAAGAGAGACAACAAAACACUAAUCCACUUGAAAUAAAAUUUAAAAACUGGUAAGGGUUUGGGUGAAGAAGCAUCUGAAUAGGGUGACCAAAAGAGGACACAACCAUGCGGGGGUGGAGCCACGGAGUCGCGCAUAGUUCAUUAUGAGUUUUUCGGGUCAGAUCGAGUAUUUUUUAUGUGCUUCUAACUCAGUAAGUCCACGUGACACAAACUCAAAACUUCUAAACAUAAUCCCGGACAUUUGAAAGAUUUUAUAAACUCCCUCAGACAAAGCCGGACAGCCCCAAGAAAAGAGGACAUGUCCGGGUAAAAGAGGACCUAUGGUCACCGUACAUAUGAAGCUAAAGUUUCUGGAUGUUUUCACAGACAUGUGUCUCAGUUUUUCCUCCCUGAGUUGAAACUGCAGCUCUCUGCUUUUAGAUUAAACAUUCACCUUCUUCUUUCCAGUUUCCCUCGUCCAAGAAGUCCUCUAAACGAUGUGACCCUGAGUGGAAUUUCAGGCAUUCCAGCUAAAUACUCACUUCCUCAACAAACAACUUGAGUUUACUGUUUAGCUGUGGUGUGGAUCCGAACUUUAUUCAUGGGUAAAAUAAAUGUUUAAAUAGGCCAUGAGUUCAGAAAUACGACGAGCAUACCGAUUUAGUGGGAUUAUGCUCUUAAUGUGCUAGGAAUGUGCUCAUGAAGCUUAUGAGAAAUAUCCCAUAUGUACUCUCUGCUUUCCAGCGAGAGCCAGGAAUCAAAUCAGCUUGGCCGUAUUUCCCUGAAGUGGUUUGUUUGAAUCCUGUCCACAGCCCAUGAACGUUUUUUCACUUUAACUCUUUAAACUCUGUGCAGGACAUAUCUCAGGUCAGGUGCCUCUAAACAGGCAGAAAGUAAGACUAAAGUUGUAAUUCAUACUUAAGUAGGAACUUCCUACAUCCUAAAUCAGGAGUUUUGUUAAAACCAGGCUAUGUUUUAGGCCAGACAUAGCUGGUGCCAUCCAGUUGAGGUUAUUAAGCUCUUGCUGCACAGGUCAGCUUUGUCACUGUAUAACCAGCCCUGUAAGCAAAUGACACACAGGAGUGAAGGACUGCUGUGUGCUUGCGAGAAAGCUGGCCUCAGGACAAAUAUCGGAGGCGUGAUCUGACACCUUUGCUUUUAUGAGCCUGGGCCACCAUCACGGCCCCUCCCCCACCUCUCUCUCUCCCUCUCUCUUCUCCUCCUCUGUAGUCUCCUGACCCUUCUUCUUCUUCUUCUUCUCAACUCCCACACCCUCCUCUGCCGGUCCUGCGUGUCGCGGGCCCCCUCACCGCAACCACCCGCUUUCCUGUAUGAGCGCAGGCUUUGUUUGCGGGGGCAAGCAUCCGAGGAAUGUGUUGUGAUUGCGCAGGCCUUGAAAACACAGAUGUUCCCUUUGUGGCUUUGGCCCGUCGUGAGUUGGUAUUAUCCAUGUGAAAUGACACCCUGACGCUGCAGCUGGAUGUGAAUGAAGGGUAUCUGUGAUUGUUACCUUCACUUUUAACCAUCGCAGUCCCUCAUCGUGAAGACCUUCUGUCUGCGUACAACCCGUCACUUACUCAAGAGUCAAUUCUUCCACACUUUCAUCGAGCUGACAUCACCCACUCCAUCCUCCGCUCUCGGCAGUGCCCCAACUGCGCCAGUCUGGCACCAGCGCGCCCGGCUCGAUCAUCUAAAUCUGCCUCUAAGGCCAUUAAUCACUAUAAAGCCACUCAAAAUAUAAUCCACUUUUACGCUUUCUUAUUCCAUUGGUAUUGAGGUUAUCCCUGAAUGUCCUCCUCCUAAUCAAAUUCAGCGUGAGUGGAUUGUAGAGGAGAGCGCACACAUGCAAACAACAUUCGCGGAUGUGAGAUGCAGAUGGUUAUAUUGAUCAGUUUUUAAGAUAAGAGAUCUGAGAGCUGGGUGCGUCGCGGUGAUGGUGAUGUGGGAAGUUUCAUCUCAUCAGCAGUUAUGAAAGUGUCUCUGCUCUUUUUGUGGGGUUGAUGACGGCUCUGAUGUGAGUGUUUGCCGUACGUGACAAAAGGCCAUCUGGCUCACAGGCAAACAGAGGAGAUUCAGAGACGACAGCCUCUCCCUCAGCUCUGUUUAAUGAAGCCACUGUGGGUUUUUUUUUCAUAGAGGUAAUUUGCAACUUGUUUGGGUAGGUCACACCCUUCUGCACCUCUCUGGGUGUCAGGGAAAUUCGUCGGCCUAUGACGAACUCAUUCUCCCAUCACGCCCGUGACGUUUAAACCCCACUGUUUCUGUCUUUUCCGCAGCGGCUGAAGGAUGAGAUAGCAGAAGUGACGAGUGAGAUCGAGAACCUGGGUUCCACUGAGGAGAGGUAAGAGACACCAAAUCAGCCUCCUACUUUCCCUAAAUUUGCCUGCUGUUUGCCUUCUAUUAACUUAGCAAAUGAAGCCGUCAAUUAUUCAUGUGCGACGGCUGAUUCAGACCAGCCCAUCACCGAAAAAAUGCUCCCCAAAUUGGGUCUGCUUUUAAGGCGGUUUAAAUGUUUCAUCAGGCCCACCCCCCAUGAUGGGAGGCCUCAUUGAAUAAUGCAGUGGGUGUACGUUCAGAAGCAGACAAUGGAUGGUCCCAGAGGACGAGUGCUUGGGUUUGGUCUACUCAAGUGGAUAGGGAUCCCAUCAGCUACCAAAUAAUCCUGAAGCACUUCCUCCUGGAUCUCAAACCCAUUAGGGGGUCGGGGCACCUUCUCGUGAUCAUGGAGGGGAGUAGUUGAUAGCGUGUGUUGUCGGCCCCUUGGAGAGUUGAGUGUUGGACUCUGGCAGACAAAAGCUGAAGGAAUGCUGGUGUGAGUAAAACCAGUGGGAAGAAGCGGCGACCUCUCACCGGCUGGGGAUGGAGAUGUAACCAUGGCGAUGGCGGACACUUGGAUUGCACUUUGGCCCCUGAAUAACUCAAGGCCUGAGAAAUGAAGUGUUCCCAUCUGCAUGAUGUUGAACUCUUAAUCACAAUUUGUCAUGGUUGUAGAGGAGGAGGAGGAGGAGGAGGAGGAGGAGGAAGGCCAGCCUCGGCCAAAAAUUGGAAAUGUUAAUUGAAAAGUUACAUUCAGAAAAUGAAGUGAAUACAUUUGUUAAAAUGCUUGGAAGUCAGAAGUCUGAGCUGGGAAUGACGUCGCACCCGGGUUACCAGCGUUUCAGAUAUCAUGUCAAAAAAAAGCAAAAUCGCAGGCGGAAACAAGAUGGCUACAUCUACAUCCUUGUCCUUGCUCAUAUUUGGACAAGGCGAGCGCUAAAAUAACUUUCGUAGAUUUCCUCUGAAUUGGUAACUGAAACGCUGGUAACUCGGGUGUGACGUCAUUCCCAGCUCGGACUUCUGACUUUCGAGCUAACUCAAAUACAGCAUAAUAGCCUGAUCCGGGAUUUCCACCGCAUUCAGGACAGAGGCGAUUUCAGCCAUACGCCAGUUCCUACCAGAUCUGUUUGUGAGGCAAAUUUAGUGGCUAAGUACGGACAGCAGGAAUCCCGAGAUUCACGUGGAAUCGCGUGAUAGCAAGUUGUCUUUAGCCACAUAGGAUUGUGUCCACACAGUAGAUUGUGUCCUUCCAGAGGAGGAAAUCUACUUCUAGACUUCUAGAAUCAGAAUCUCCUCAUCUAUGGUGUCAUCGGGGUGAAAUGCUUCAGUUGUUCAUCCCCGCCGUUUGCAUGGUGUGAAAUACGAAUCGCCUGAAACAUGGAGAGUUUUAUUUUGAAAGAAAGACAGAUGUUUUAUUUUGUGUAUGUGCCGGACUUCUUUUCCAGUACAGAAUAAUCUGUGCUAAAUUUAUCCAUUAUGCUCCGGCAGAAAUGGACUUCUUCCGAUCCCCAGCAGAAGGGAAGUAGACGAUUAAAAUUGACACAUUAACUUGAAUAGUUACAAUCAGCUACGAUCGGCGGAUACGGCCUUCUUGUAGUCGUUCGGAUGUGUUGGAAAUUGGGGGUGAAGAAGGGAAGGCAGGUCACAUGAUCAAUAUCCAACUAUGACCUACAUUUUGGUGUUCCAGGAAAAACAUGCAGAGGAAUAAACAGGUGGCCAUGGGCCGAAAGAAAUUCAACAUGGACCCCAAAAAGGUAAGACGAACUGAUAGUUUUGAUUCCUCAGAAAUAUGAUUUGUCCGGCACACUCUCUAAGGCGGGUUUUAACCGGGGGUGUUGUUGUUUCUCAGGGGAUCCAGUUCCUGAUCAUGAACGACUUGCUGAAGAACACCAGUGAUGACAUUGCUCAGUUCCUCUACAAGGGUGAGGGCCUCAACAAAACAGCCAUCGGAGAUUACCUCGGAGAGAGGUCAGUUCACAGACCGGCUUAUUGGUUUUUCCCUCUAUCUAACCACGUUUGUAUUAUCUCCCACCAGCACCCAUUCUUGUGGUUGAUAAAAGCAUCGAAGAAGAGUGUGUGUGCAUUUUUUCCGUAUUGCUCGGUUUCCUCUCGGUCAGGCACACACCCAUCCUUUUCCCAAGCACACUUUAUUGGUCCCAGCCCUCUCAAGACGAUGUCCGUUACUCAACAGCUUCCAUCUGUUUUUGAUUAUCUUACUCAUUCAUGACUAACGCCGUCGGGAUUCUCACAAUUCAGGAAUGUUUUGGAGAUUUAACAUCGAGAACUUUGACCAUCCGUGUGAGAGUCACCGCCGCUUACAGGAAGUAUUAAUGGACCUGAUGCAUGCUUGUAGUCACUGUUGAGGGACUGAAGGGCAGACAGUGUUACAGUCAGGGUGUGGUCUGUGAGGUCAAACCAGGAAAUGGAGCUCAGGCUGUUGAUAGAUGCUUUCAGUUUGAUUGUUAUUAUCUCUCCAAGUGUUUCUGAUUCGGAAAGGAGGGGCCGAAGCGGCGCUGGGGUUCCGAGAUCCGAUUGGUCGUUUGUCUACUGGGAAUGACAGUGACUAGAUAUGACUCAGUCAAUGAGAGUUCCUUAGAGCUGUCCCAUAAUCCCAUGGGGCAGAUCAUUCACUCUGAAGGUCAGGACGGUCGGGAAUGAUGUCAUGAUCAAGAUCGGAUGAUAGGUGAAAGGGGGAAGGGGGACGACAAUGGACCUAACCCUAAGACAAUGACAGCAAGAUGACAGGCUGGGUUAAAGGAGCGUAACAGCUGAAUAUUUAUAUAUGAGCUGCUGCUGCUGCUGGUAUAACUCAGAGGAAUCUCAGAGGAAAGACAUCUGCAUUAUUGUGUGAUAUUAGCUAAAAGUCAGAUCUUGAUAUUUUGGAGUAUUUUGUAGAUAAAGACAAUCUUGCUCUCUUUAAAAAAGUGUAAAAAAGCAAAUGCAGAAAUGUGUUUGUCUACAUCAGUCUUCUACAAGUACUGUCCUUUCAAUAAAAUAUAAUUUUGUUAAUAUUGUGAAUAAAAACAACUCAAACAGGUCCUUUCUAACAACUUCUAACUGAGCCAUAAAUGUCACUAGAGCAAGUGUUGAGAUCUGAGUGUGGUUUGGUUUUUCAACACCUCUGAUCUGCCGUGGUUGUCUGAAGCUUGUCAUAUUGUAAAUAUUGUGUGCAGUUGUUAUUUAACGGAUGUUGAAACAAGCUAGUUGUCAGCAGCAACUUUCUGGCGUCUUAUGAGCAACAUCCGUCUUUUCAGAGCUUAACCAUUUUAAAGCAAGUGAGAGGGAACCAGGUUCAGUAAUUAAAGCAAACAACAACGACAGUGCAGAGGCUGCUGUGUGUGUUUGUUAGCUUGUUGUAAUAGCUGAACGUUGUGUGCUCUUAAUAUGUGCAUACACAGUUGUCUGUCCAAGCAGGCUUUAUGAUAUCUGGUGAAUAUAUUCCACAAACUACUAAUCUGCAAAUGUGUUGCAUUAUGAGAAAUAUAAAAAGCAUUGAAUAAAAAUGAUGUAUCUUGUAUCUGAAACUGUCCUUAUGUCUAUAAUGAGUCUGACAGUGUUAUUUCAUCAUAAUGCAACAGUUGUUUAUCACUCUUUCAAACCAACAUAACCUGGUUCAGCUUCUGAUUGCAAAUAUUUGCUUAUUUUAUUUCCUUUAUAGGUUUAAAGUCAACAUUUGUUAGACCAUGAGUUGGUUGAAACUAAAAAUUUAAUUAGGUCAGUUUAUCUUUAAGAAAAGCAAAUAUUUGCAGACGUUUGGAAAAUUAAACUAUCAGCUGAUAAACUGAGAGAAUGGAUUAGUGUGAUAUAUAACCCUUAUGUUGUUGUGUGUCUUUUUCAGCCUUUGUUUUCUGACUACUAACCAGUAAAACUUUCCCAUGUUCUGUUUCCUGUAGAGAUGAUUUCAACAUCCAAGUCCUCCAUGCCUUCGUGGAGCUACAUGAGUUUACAGAUCUCAACCUGGUACAAGCUCUAAGGUGAGGAAGUAUCUCCUCUCCGCAGUCAAAUGUUUAAGAGUCAGCUGUCAGUUUGACUUUGCUUAUUUAUAUUGAAAGUCUCGGUCUGUUUCUGAUUACUGAGCUGUGUCCCCCCCACCACCACCAACACCACAGGCAGUUCCUGUGGAGUUUUCGGUUACCAGGAGAAGCUCAGAAAAUCGACAGAAUGAUGGAGGCCUUCGCUCAGCGGUACUGCACGUGCAACCCUGGAGUUUUCCAAUCCACAGGUAGAACCAACAUCUCUGUCUUUGGGAAUCAUCAUAGAAACUCACAGAGGUGUAAAACAAAAUAAAAGAUAUGUAUUUUUGUCUUUAAUACUUAGUCAUGUAACAGAUGGACAAACUGUAGUUAUAGUCAGCCUCCUGAUUUGCGACCCUCUAAAGUUGCACUGAUGGCUCAUAGCAUCCAUUUAAUAUCUGAACUGCUUUAUUUAGUAGACACAAGGUCUGCUGAGGAGAUUAGUGUCUGGCUUUUGGGAAAUUAUGCCCACAGCAGACAGACGACUACCGUUAACAUGGAUGCAGAUGGAUGUGAAUUAUGCAUGCGCAGCCUAACAGACCAGAUAGAGUGCUGCUGCGUCAGCCGCGUACGAGAAGAGUUGUCUUUUAGAAAAUACACACACACAUACGCACACUUAGCUGCCCAUGCUCGGCCUUUCUCCCCUACCCACUCCCCGCUAACGUAGCUUCGCCUAUCUGCUCCUUUCUGCUCGGCCGUGGUUCCCUUAAGUGCAAGCCUUUCAGCUCAGCUCAUUUACAUUCAUAUUUAAACACCACAUUAAACGCCGGCGAACAGCAACCUUUUGUUGUCUCACUCUUGAUUUGUGUGUGUGUGUUUGUGUGUGUGUGUGUGUUUCAGACACUUGUUACAUCUUGUCAUUCGCCAUCAUCAUGCUGAACACAAGCCUCCACAACCCGAACGUGAAGGACAAGCCCACUGUGGAGCGGUUCAUCUCCAUGAACAGAGGAAUCAAUGACGGAGGAGACUUACCUGAAGACCUGCUCAGGGUUAGUUUGGCUUUUUUUUUGUCGCCGCCUUUAUAUCCUACCUCUAGUUUACUAAUUUUUAAACCUGCUCUGUGUUCACGUGUAGAAUCUGUACGAGAGCAUCAAGAACGAGCCGUUCAAAAUCCCAGAGGACGACGGCAACGACCUCACACACACUUUCUUCAACCCAGACAGAGAGGGCUGGCUGCUGAAACUGGGUGCGUGCAUCUGGAGACACAUGUACUGUACAUACUAUAACUUUGUGUUGAUUGUCUGAACUCUGAAAAUCAACGUCCAAGAAGUGAUAACGGGUGUCUCCCCCGGGGUCAAUAACCUGUGAGUGUGUGUGAGAGUGCUUAAAGGUGUGGAGAAGUGUGUGUACACACUCGACCCCGGGAUAUCUGAAGACAUCUCUGUCUGCUUUUAUGUAUUAUGAAUGAGGCCAAGAGAUCAGACCAUCACAUGUGGAGGCCUUUGAAUUAUUAAAGUCAGUUCAUAUUCAUACACUCGCACGGACAAACACAGACAUAUGAACACACGCACCAACAUACUUCACAUGUACAGAAAGUAUGAAUAAUUUUACCUGGAUGGCAUUUUUCUCUCUCACCUCUCAAAUAUGACUGAAGAUGUCGAUACCUCUUGACAUUUUAAAGAUUUCCAGCAGCACUCACAUGAAUUUUUUAAGAAAUCAAGGCUUUUGUGUUCCUGAUGUAUAACCUGAAUUCCACAAAAGUGUAAAAUGUUGGUAAAAACAUGUUUUUAAGUUUUGAAAGUCAUCCGGACCAUAGAUUUAAUUAAAACUUCAAAUUGGAUGCCAGCAACACAUUUCAAAAGAGCUAAAAAAGAAGAAUUUGAGAUGCCAAAAGGUUAAAUUAUCCACAGGACUCAUUUUAUUAAAAAAAAAAACAUUCAGAGGACCUUGAGAAAAUGGGACAAAGCUGAUAACUGAUACUUCAGGCAGCACUACACUAAAAUCAGACAUGGCUCUGUAGUGGAACUCACCGUAUGGGCUCAAAAUCACAUACAAAAACCACUUUCUCUAAACAGUGUAGUGAGAUAUGAAGGAUAAAAUGAGGAAUCUGUCCUCUCCUCACAGGUUGAGUCUGUUUUGAGAAGGACUGAAGCGAGACGGAAAACUUCCCUGUGGUCUAAAAAAAUCAAAAUUUUAUAGUUGUCACAAUCUGUAAUGGUUUGAGGACAUACUUGACAUUUUAUUGCACAAAAAUAUAAUUAUUAUUAUAAUAAGAAUAUUCUCUCAAAGGGAAAAAAUUAUUGUUUCAACAUUUCUUUUGUCUUUGUUUUUACCAACAUUUUACACACACUCUCUCAACGCUCACAGAAGUGGACUUUUAUUCUUCGUCAUGUUUUUGUGACAUUUAAGGGUCACUUAAUCGUGACCUGUUGGUAAUUCAUGUGCUCAGACAGCGCCACAUUAAGCACACGUGAGAAAAAGAAAAGUAAUUUUCUCUUUGGACCCCUGAACUCUUUACCCUCUGUUUUUCUCUGAGACCUUUUCUCUGUUGUACAGAUUCACAAUGAAAUCGUCCCAAAAAAGCAUGAACACUGUAACUGAAAGCCUUUCCUCCAAUCACUGUGAAUCUUUACAACGAAACACACUGAGGUAGUGAGAUUUACUCAGUCUCCAAUGACUUCAAAUUGGAGAACUUGAGUAAAAAACAAAAACAAAAUCAGGGUGGAAGGUAAUUUAAUCGAUGAACCAGAAGUGGAGGUGGUUUUUAAUGCAGUACUUUACAGUCGAUGUGACACUGUCUAGGACUCCCCCUUGUGGACUGAGGCGCACACAGCAGGCGUGUAAAACCUGCCGAUCCUCAUCACAAACGAAGUCCUUUAUGGUGAUCCAGAACAAAGCUGUAAAGCAGUGCAUCAAAGCCUCCCUGAAAGCAGAUGAAGGACUGUGGUGAAAUGAUUCCUUAUCAUUUAAUUUGAUUUUUUUUGUUGUUUUCUUUUCCUCUUCGUUUGUUUGUUUGUUCCCAUGAUUUUGGCUGUUGUCUUUCCUCAGGAGGUAUGUACACCUGUUCCUCUCCAAAUGCUAGUCCAUCUCUCAGCUCUCAGGUGCUUUUUUGGUGGUCCGCCAUGCUUUCGUUCUUCUCUUCAUAUUUUAAAAGGGUUUUUCUUUGUUUUGUUUUAUUUGGUCUGUGGUUUUUAUUUUUUUGUCGUUGUUGUAUUUUUAUCUCUUGUCUCUCCAUCGACUCAUUUGAGCUUCAGAUGUUUGUCUGUUCAGUCUGUCGUGGAGAUGGUGGUUUUUUUUUUUCCACACUCUUUUAUCUCUGUGGGUGGUUGUCGAGCAGUUGCCACCCCUGUGGUCUCGGCUCGGGGAGCUGAUGCUUUGUGACCACUCCGCCGGGCAGUUUGACCCUCUUCUCUCUCCGUAUGCGGUGGUGGUCACUCUCUUUGAUCUCUGAUUAUUUUGGAAGCUGCAUUAUCCCUUUUAUUCCAUACGGCGAGCAGAACAAAAGGACCUUUGCUUCAUCUCUCCAAAUUGAUCCUAAACCCAGUUACCCAUUGGCUGAUGGAUGUUUGCUCUCUGGUUUCAUGGAAAAGGAAUAAUGCACCUUUUCAACAACGUGGCUCUGCUCUUUUUAUCUCGCUGUAAAUGGAUCUGAAGGGCGGUUGUGGCCAGGUGUGGCGCUGAGCCGGACUGGACCCAACUGUGGGAGAAAGGCGUCGGCAGAGGAGAGUGCAAAAAAAAUUUUUAAAAAGGAGUUAAAAGAUGAAAAGAAAUUAUAAAACUUUUAAUAACUGGAUACGAUUUACGUGAAAAACCUCUCCUCGCCCAGCCUCCCACAGUCCCGUCUUGCAUGGGUCCCUCCCUCCACUCAGCUCCACUCCGGCUCGAGCACCGCCCACACACACACGCCUCUGCAACAAUCCACUGGGACAACCUGCCUCGUCCCAGACAUUCUUGCACAGGAAGAGGUCAACUCUCUCUCUCUCUACUCUUGGAGAAACAGGAACUGACUCGGGCCACUAAACUCUAAAUCUCCAACCAACCCAAUCAGCUGUCAGGCCAGCCGUCAGCCGUGUGAUUCUGCCACCGCGUCUGUGUUUUUUUCUGUUUGUCUGCUUUUUUGUCGCAACGCACACCGACGAGCGGAGAUGUGGAGAGGGUCUCUCUCCGUCUCUGCCUGUCGAGUGAUGGGGGGGUUUUGAUGGCGUCUGUCGAUUACAACAAGCAAAGAGUGAAGUGUUUGACCUAUCAUGACGUCUGUGAAAUGAUGGGAUAUCAUAUACAGCGCUGAUGCUGCUAUAUGAUAAAUCAAAGUGUGCUCUAUGUGUCCGUAUCCUCGAAUCCUCCUCUAUCCUGGUAGAUGGGUUUCAACAUGCAGCUUUUUACUAACAUUGGCGGUGGUGGGUUAGCCGGUCUAGACACAGCUUAGCUCACUCCCUGGACAAUCCUCCGAAAUGACCGAGAAGUUACUAAACAAAGCCGAAACAGGAAAUUCACGUCUGAGAUGCCUGUAGAGGAGCUGAGCAUAGCUUUAGGCUUCCUGCUCCUCUGUUUAUUGGCAUCCUAUCCCCCUCCUCAAAGUGAGGCUGCCAUCUGCUGCUGUCAUCAGAUUUCCUCUCUCAGGAAGUAUGGAUGACAGAGGAGGUGAGAGGUCAGCUACAAAUCAGCGAGUGUUAACCAGUUAGUCUCAACUGGGUGUGAAAGUGAGUUUAAUCCUCAGCCACCCUUCCCUCUCCACCUCAAGCCCUCUUGUCCUGAUUGGAGCUCUUUGUUUCAGCGUUUAUAUCCGCCCUCUAGUGACUUCAUUAAAUUCAAAGAUCUGUAUCCUGUCUAUAUCGAUCCCGGCCUUCCUGACUUAUCACUCUGAGUCAGCGAUUAAGGAGAGUUUCCAGACAUUUUAAUGAGACUUGCAGCUUUAUCCUUCAGCAUCUUUACAUUUACUGUAAUUAACAAAAACCCUUUUAUUGACACUUAUAAGUGGAGGAGGAAUUUAGGGUUUUACUCCACCGAGGGUUUGCAGCUGCGGUGAUGGUGAGCGCAUGGUUUGAUGGUGGAUCAGGGUGAAUAUGGUCAUGAUCUGGAUAACAGGAGUCCUCUGGAGCCGUCAUCUGUCUGUCUGCCCGUACAUCUGUCUGCCUGUCUGCUGCUCGACCCGACGCUUCGGUUCUCAUUUCUCUCCUUGGCUUUUCUCGGCGAGCGUUUUUGACACUGACUGUUUGCUCCGCAGGGGGACGAGUCAAAACCUGGAAGAGGAGGUGGUUCAUCCUCACAGACAACUGUCUGUACUACUUUGAGUACACCACAGUGAGUACUGCUCAGUUUAGUCGGUCACAGGUCAGAAGGCGCUCUCUCUCCGCUCCUGUUAUUUAUGUUUCUUUAUUUUCCCACAGGACAAAGAACCGAGAGGGAUCAUCCCACUGGAGAACCUGAGCAUCAAAGAGGUGGAGGAUAAGAAACCUGUGAGUACGACUCCCUCUGCUGGUGCAAACGGGGACUACAUGUUGUCUAACUAGGAUUUUGGACUCACUUUUUUUAAUACAUUACAUAAAGAAAUGCAUAUCCACAACCACUUUUACAGAUGGCUGCACUUACAGUUUCAGAGUUUCUUGUCUUCAUCUUAGAAAUUUUCAACUUUUAAGCUCUCUGUGUGUGUUUCUUCUUCAGAACUGCUUCGAGCUCUUCAUCCCCGACAACAAGGACCAGGUGAUUAAAGCGUGUAAGACGGAGGCUGACGGACGCGUCGUUGAAGGCAACCACACUUUUUACCGAAUCUCAGCACCGACUGCUGAGGAAAAAGAUGAAUGGAUGAACAGCAUCAGGUACUUUCCUAAAAUCCUAAUACGCAACGUAUUGUGUUUUAUUUUCCAAGUAAGCCCAGUAUUAUUAUCGCGGUUUUGGGGCGAUCAUGCUCUGUUUUUUAAGGUACGACUUAGAGCUCAUUUUAAAGCCUGUAAUUGGUGAAAUACAGUAGGCAUCAUUACGAGUUUACUACAUAUUGAGUCGAGGUAAGUAUCACUGGAUUUGAUGAGCAUUAAAGCUCCUGUAAGUAACUUUUAGUAGGUUAUGAAGCAGAAUAAAAUUCACAGCGAGUGUGUGAGAGGAAUAUUUAGUGGAAAACACUGCUUGACAUGUGUGAAGGGCAAAAUCAGUAAGAUGUAUCACUUUGCCUCCAGGGGGCACCAAAGUCAAGUCCCUCAAUUGAACUUUUUUUUCAUGUCCGCAUAGAUGUUCCUGAUUUAGAUGUCAUUACAGUGUCUUCUUAAAGCUUCUGUGAGGAGUUAUAAAAAACCACUAAAAUUUAAAUGAGUGCCUCUUUAUUUCACUUUUAUUACUCAUGGAUCAAACAUCAGUAUCUGCGCAUUUAAAGUGUUGGAGUAACUGAAAGGGAAAGUUCCUCAGUGGAGCUUUAAAUAAGAAAUCGAAUGUAAAUGCUCCAGUUUCACUCUUUAGAUUAAUAACUAGAGAGAAGAGCUCUACUUACAUGUACCAUUACAAGAGUGUACGAGUGGUUGAAUUAUCGCUCUUACACCAUUAUGCUCCUCAGCUGUCGAUGACGUGAACGUGAUGCUUUGAUCAUGAGUAGCAGGCCCUCUCUGCAGCUGUGAACGCACUCAAGACUGAGAACCAAGCACUCGCAUCACAUCAAGAGGUGGUCACAUACAGUUACAUCCUUUCAUCAGCGUCUGAAUGUGUUCUGGUCCGCGCUAAAGGACCGCCGAGUCUCUGUAACCAGGGCGACGGUGACGCUGAUUGACACCCUGCUUACCUGUAAUUCAAGAGGGACAUUCUGUAACAUAAUUAUCAUUACAGUGCCUUUGUUAUGACUUGUGAAUCAUCCAUUUCAAGCUUAUGUGAGAGUGGAGUUAACGCAUGGCCGGAGAGUGCGUCACAUGAGUUAAAGUUGGUGUCAGUGGCACCAACUCCUCGUCGAUCUACAAGACAGAACCACUCAUUCAUGGCCAAAAUUAAAACCACCCAGAACUUUGAUGUUUGCACUCGAAAUGAGACGCUAUAGUGACUGUUUUCAGUUGACAUUUCAGUUUGGUUUUCUACAUUUACUUAUUAGUUAUCUGCUUCAGUUGUCAUCGUAUCUGUCUCCAAAAGAGGGAUUUUAUUUUGGCCUGUGCUGCUGUUUGUCAUUUUAAAGCAGCCAGAGACUUUUAAAGCAAUUAUAUUUUUUAAUUGCUGAAAUAAAAAUGUGACAUUGAAGGCUGUUUAGUGAAUAAGUAUGAUUGAAUUGGUGCAAAGUCAUCAUGAAGGUUCUCAUUUUUUCUACUGUUACUGGUGGAAUUAAUGUCAACAAAAAUUUAGGUUAGCAACAGAAAUUAAUUUGUGAAAAAUGUGAUUGUAAGGGCGCAAGAGUUCAUAUCUGGUGCAUCUGUACAAAGCAGCAGGGAUGUCAAAAAUGGCUCCAAAAUGACGUUUGAAUAUUCGUUCUUAAAAUAACACAAAGGUUCAAACAUACUCUAAUAUCUAGCUUACACAGCUUGCAUAUAACUUAAUCUCGCUCAGCAUUUUUCCGUCUACCAUGUCUGUCCAAAAUCCGAAGAAUUUCCAAACGAAGCCUCUAAAGUUCGUCGGAGUCCAGACCACUCUCUCCACGUUUGGCUCCGAAAAUCCCGCCAUCUCUCUCUGCAUGUGCCAUAGAUGGUUCUUGUCGAGUCUCUCUGCAUGUGCAACUCCUGUGACCUUUCCUGACCCGUCGUUCCAAUGCGCUCACCCGUAAAGCAGCUGCUGUUUUUCAUUUUAUUACCACUCUGAUUUUUCACGCUCUUUAUUUAAUAUUUGAUUAUUAAUGCUGUGUUCGAGUUAACUCAGGAGUCAGAUGUCCGAGCGGGGAAUGACGUUACACCUGAGUCACCAGCGUUUCAGUUACCAAGUUGGAAAACAGCAAAAUCGGAGGCGUAAACAAAGUUAUAUCAGCGCUUGCCUCGUCCUUGCUUGUAUUUGGACAAGGCAAGGGCCAAAGUAACUUUUGUAGAUGUAGCCAUCUUGUUUCCGCCUCCGAUUUUGCUUUUUUCCGACUUAGGCUGGUAACUCGCUUGUGACGUCAUUCCCAAUUUUGAUUUCUGACUUCCAUGGUAACUCCAACGCAGCAUAAUUUUCACAUUCGAAUGUCGUUUUUUUAAAUAUUCGAAUAUAUAUUUGAAUUUGGAAUAUUAGUUGACAACCCUACAAAGCAGCAGCUGUAAACAAGCAAGAACACGAAACUGAAGAGCUGCAAAGAGACGUAUGAUAAUGUUGAACCUCGAGAACCUCAUAUGGGACAUAGUCCAUGCUCACUUUCUCCACUGUAAUCCAAAGUGAAACCAGCACCGCUCAUGUUUUCCUCUUCGUCUGAUCACAGAGCGGCCAUCAGCAGGGAUCCUUUCUACGAGAUGCUGGCAGCCAGGAAGAAGAGGGUGUCAUCCAUGAAGAGGCACUAAAGCUGCUCAACACUCCAGACGUUGCACUUGACAAGAGCAAGGGGGGGGGGUCCGGCUCUCUGCCUGCCCUGUCUGGGCCGGAGCAGAGGCCGCGGUCGGGGUCUGCCUCCGACCUCUCCAGGGGAUCUCUCUAGGAUACAAAUUAGACCUGGCUUUUGGACUGUACAGGCCAGAAAAAAACAGGAAGCAUGCUGUGGUUUCUAGAUAAGAGUCAGGGUCAAAACCUCCUCUAACCUCCUGUCUGAAUGUGUCUCUUUCUCUCUCAGCUUUGUGUGUGUGUGCUCUCUCUCUUUACGAGGUUGAAAAGGAAUCUUGCCGUGUAACUCGGCAAAAUCCCCUUCGAGAAGGCUUUAAAUAAACACACAAACACAACGUGCAUACACUCAUGCGAGUCCCCCCGUAGCACACAUCGUUAAAACUCAGCAGGUCUGACCGAGUGUGGAACUCCAACCAAAAUAUUCCUCGCUUUUAGAACGAAAAGCAAAGACUUUUUCUGACUCGCUUCAGUAUGUUAGGCAAGUACGUGUCUAUUUUUACAGCUUUAAUUCCUCUCGUCUUUUUUUUUUUUGUCUGUUUGCUUUUGUAAAAAAAAAAAAAAAGAAAAUCUGCAAGGGCGUGGGGGCAGUCAAGGAGGGAGGGAGGGUCUACUUUGCCAAGUGUUAGCUAUUUUAUAGAAAAACAAAAUUAAAUAAACAAAAGAAAAACGUCUCUGUUUGAAUAAAGUUGCCACUCAGGAGAUUGUAACAAAAAUCUAAAACUUUCCGAGUCUGUGUGGAUGUGGAUGUUGGCCACAUGAAAGCCUCUUUAUGUCCCAGACUGAGCUGGAGGAUGAGGAGGGGGUCUCAUUUAUGGAAGCAUCCUGAGAUUAGGGUCUGUAGAGAGGGAUGUGUGAUCUUAUUUGGAAAGAUAUCACACUUCAUGACUUCCUUUUUGUCACUUUUUCCCCUCACGGUUUUUCUCUUGCUUUCACUUUGUCUCAAACACAAGACCAUUUUCUGUGACUGUAUCACACACGAAGAGCGAUCGAAUUGUUCGUUACUGCUGCACAGUGCCUGGCGCUCUAGAUUAAAUGUGAUGAGAAAAGCUGCUGGUUAGCGACAGUAAAUUACAGUUUUCUUCUUUUUGAUUUGAACAUUUUUUUCCUGCCUUUUAAUAUCAAUUCUUUUUUGUACGGGGGUGAAACAAAAAUCACAACUCAUUCUCAGCCAGUCAACCUCAUCGAUCAUGUACAGUACCGUGUGUUUCAGGUUGUUUGUUUGUGUAUAAAACAUAAUAUAUGUCAUGUCGUUUCGAAGCUUUAAAGCGGCACAGAAUAAUGUUCAUUAAAGCUAUGCCUGUAGCAGAACGGGUCGUCCCCUUUCCUCAGGAUCCAAAGUGUGAUGUGAAACGAAACAGAACUACUGGGUUAGCGCAGAGUGAUCACACUGAAGCAGUCGUGAGGCGAAAAAUCAUGUCGAGGUACAUUUUUGCAGUCGUCUUUUUUUACUCUCUGUGUGCCUGCUUAUCUUUCCCCGCCUUUCUCUUCCUGGUUCUCCUCCUCUCUGCUCCUCUCUCUGCGCACUAUUCCUAGAGAAAAUAAGCAAAAAUGCAAAACAAUCAUAAUUCUAGACAGUAUUGCUUUAUUUAUCAGAAGUUGUACAUACGUAAAUGUAUAGUGGGUAUUUUGUCCUCAUUUUGUUUCUUAUUAGUUGUGCCAUUUUUCUUUUUGUCAUCCUGUUCAACGAUGUUUGAUUUGAGGUUUCUAUCAUUGCCAUUUAAUCAAGCUAAAAUAAAGACGGAUUUGUCACAAUC